AUGCCAACCAAAUUUCAAAAUGAGCAGUUUUUUGAGGUACAAUAUUAAUGAUAAUUGAUAACAUAAUUUUGUUAAAUUGUCUAAAAUAUAUAAUUAUUAUUGGUUUUACUAUGAUUUAUUAGUUCAUUAGUUAUGAGUUUUCGUUUUUUAACUUCUCUGCAGCUUUAUUAAUAAUUAGGUAAAACCGAAAAAAAACAUAAAAUAAAUAUUGACAAAUUUACGGCGUUUCACUUACGAUUUCAUGAUUUUAAAAUUUUUCGGCUUAUGUUUUCUACCAUAAAAAUAUAAAUAAUAUUAUGAAUAUUACUCCAAUAGAAAAACAACAAGAGAUUUUUUUUUUGUUGAGUUUUUAAUCUAGUUGGUGACCAAGAAAAUUGUUUUUGGAAAAACUUUGUACAACAGAAAAUGUAUACUUACUUUUUCUAGAUGUGGUAAUAGAUAUGGUAAUGAUUAUUUUUUUAGCUUUUUAUAAAUAAAAAUUUAAAUUUAAAUUUGUGAGUUUUUUGUGAUUUUUAUUUGGUAGGUAAUUUGUAGAUAAAUUUUUAGACUUAACAGAAAUGCUUGAUAAUUUGUUAGGAGGUUCAUUAUAAGUCGUACUUAGUGGCCAAAAAAAAAAAGUUUAAUGUAAUAUUUAUUUAUCUUUUUUUUUUUUGAGUUUCAAAAUCAAAUUUUGAUGAAAAUCGUAAAUAUUACGCAACAUCAGUAUCAGCUCUUUUUUAAUUAAUUUAUUCUGAAACUCAAUUUUAAUAUACCUAUGUAGAACAUAUUUACACACAUUUUACGACAUUGGACUGACGGUUUAUUAAUUGUAAUAAUACCUACGUAAUAGGGUUUUAAGUACUUAUCCGAGAUUUAAAAUAAAAGAAAAUGAUGGAUGGGGAUCUUAAUUUAUUUAAUUAUUUUUUAAGACAACCCUUCUACUUAUCCGAUCCAAAGUUAAUAUAAUUAAAAUAAAAUAUACAAACCGUUUAUCUGAUAUUAUACAAACUAAAAAACAAAAUAUACUUUUUUUUUGGACUUUGAAUUACGUUAUACAUUUUAUUUCACAUCGGAAAAAUCUAAAAUUCUAUAUUAUGCUGCAGUUUAUGUUUACAGUAAGGUUGAAAUAGCAAUUUAUGAUAUUCUAUUAUGUGUAUAAAACAUACAUUUCUCGGGAGUUUAUUGGAAGAUAUUACUGUUAAUGUUUCCGUUUCUAAAGCAUUCCUAUAUGAUUUGAUAUAUAUAUAUAUAUUAAAUAAAUGUAUUUAUAAGGAUUUUACUAUUUCUUUUAGAUUCUGAGUGUAGCAAAGAAUGAAUUGGUUUUACAAAGAUGUUUAUUUAUUCAUUUUUUUUUUUUUUUAUGUGAACCCUUUUCCUACUAGAAAACUUACUCCGAUGUAAACGAUAUAACCUUUUUCUGAAAGGAAAUUUUCUUGAGGUGGUACUUUAAGGAGGUCAUUUUUUUUUGAUUUUCCUAGAAAUUUUCCCUAUAGAAAGGAAAAAGUGAUAAAAAACGGGAAAUUGUACGAAAUGUAGGUAUUACUUAAAAAAUAUUCCGGCCUUCUUUUUUCCUGUGGACAAUUUUACUACCAGCGAUUUUGCUCCGAUUAAGUACCAAUGAUAGCACUUUUUCUAAAAGGAAACCUGACUGGGAAUGUACUUUAGGGAAAUUAGUUUUUGAUUUUCCUAAGAGUUUUCUCAACAAAUGGGAAAAACCGGGAAAAUCGGUACAAUGUUGAACAAAUAUUAUUAAAGAAAAUAUAUAAUGCCUAUUUAAUUAUUUUAAUUAAUAUGAUACGCCAUAAUUAUUGUUGACAAAGCAUCACUAUCAACUGAACUCCUCUCAGAAUCGUUUUUAUUAAGCGAUGGCUUAUAUUUGCUUACAGAUAGAAAUUAAUUUUCCUUCUACAUCCUACCUUCCCAACUUCUUACCAACAACAAUGGCUGACCUAAUCCAUCGUGCAAAGUAUGUCCGUCUUUUUUUUUUUGUUGGUAUAGAUUCUAUUUCAAAAUACGUAUUCAUUAUGAAUGUUUAUACAUGUAAUGUUAUGCGAUGUUUUUGUUUUUUAUCGCAACUAAUAUAUCAAAACUCUGUAUAGUAAAAUCAUUUGAUUCUUAAAAGGUUAACGAAAAAAAAUUUAUUUAAAUUUAAAUUUUUUAAAUUAAUUCACGUUAGUUUAGGUAGUUAAGUCUUAUCAUGUUUAUUUAAAAUAAUAUACCUAUAUUAUAUUUUGUUUGUUUUGUAGAACGCACACCAGGUAUACCUAUUUCAAUAAGAAAAUUAUUAGUUUAUUAAAUUUCAAUUGAUUAAAUAUUGAACUUUAAUGUCGAACAGAAUAUAAAUAUUUUCUCUUAAAACGUUUGUACAUUUUGAGUACAAUUGGAAACUAUUGUUUAACUUACGAAUAAGCUUCGACGUGCCCGUUACUCGUUUCAUGUUUACUCUUAAAAAUACAUUUUAGAUCCAUUAAACUGACGUAUCUAUUUGGGAAUUUUACAUGACUCUAUAGCAAAAAUAUAUUUCGUGCAUCGAUUGUUCAACUAUAGCCAUACAAUUGUAUAACAGUUUCGUCAUAACGACAAUUAUAAAUUAAAAACAUUACAAUUUAUAUACUUAAUAUUAAUGAAAUGUUAUUGAUUCGUAUGUCUUGAUAUUAUUGCUGAUACGUGCGUGCACACUGUGCAGUAUUUUAAUGAAUAGUUUUAUAUCCAUAACGCAAUAUUCUAAUACUUUUGGAAUGUAUUUUUUCUCCGUGCUAAAAAGUUACACAUAAAAAUUACAUAACUUUUAAAAAUCUAAAUAAUAUAAUCUACGAAUUAAAAUUAACAAUAGGCAUUCGUCACAAAUUGUAAUCUAUUUUUUAGUGAUUAAAAACAAUAUUCAGAAUACGUGUUUGAUUUUAUUUGUAAAUAAGUACAAAAUAGUAUUAUUUGAACAAUAUAUUUAUUAUGGUAUCUACAAAACAUUGUAUAUUAUGAACUACUGAUAAUUAUAUUUCUAUAAUCGAUAAUAGAUAUUUCGACGUUAAAUAUUCGUGAAUAUUUAUUAAGUUAUUAUAUUCAAUUUUCAUAAAUUCAAAAGUACUUUAAUUUUUUUUUUUUAAUUAAGCGUUUUUCAUUUUGUUCAGAAUUGAAUCACCACUUCGUGUACUUGAAAUAAUAAACAAAACGUUAUCGCGUUUACCCAAUAAUUUAUUAUUUAAGACAGACUUAUUGAUUUUAUUGUGCAAACUUCAAUAAUAUCAUUAGGUUUUUUCGUAUAUAUAUAAUAUAUACAUACGAGUUGGAAGUACUUACUAAUAUUCGGUGAGUAAAUCGUAAACAAUGUCGUAUUAUAUUAUCUGUAGAGCCUAUGUGGCGUUUUCAAUGGCCGCAUGUUGUUUCUUCUCUAUAUGUUGCGCAACUGUAUGUAGUGUAUAAGUAUAUCCAGUGUGAUUUUUGUGACAUUUUGGGGACUAAAAAUUGACAGCCUUACAAUUUCGCCGUUGUUCGUUCAGUAUGGUUCGAAACUUUAUGUCUCCAACUUUGAUACGAAAUAUGUUAUCCAUAUAUUUACCAUUGUUAUAGGAAUUUAUUUAUUUACUUACCCAUUAAUUGUUUUACUGUUUCGUAUCUUUUUCUCUUUUUUAUUUAUACUUUCAUUUUUAUUAUAUUUUCAGUUAUUACUAUUUUUACAUUAAGAAUGCUACAAGUAUUUUUACAUGCCAUACGCUAUAUUAUUAUUAUUAUUAUUAUUAUUAGAUUGUUAUUAUAUCUCGUGUUUAUUAUUUCGACCUUGGGACGAGUAUAAGUAUAUGUAUUUAAAAUAAUAUGUCGCGCACACCAGAGACUUCCUGCUUCCAUCUCGCGGUCCACAUCACGAUCAUCGAACGAUUAUUGUUACCUACUAUACCUACUAUAUCAUUGUUGUUAUGGGUCUGCCGCCGCCACCGCUGCUGCUGCUGCUGCUGCUUUACAGCAAUGUUUAACCCGAUUAAUCUUGCGGUCAUCAAUCUCCUUUUGCAGUUCCCGAUCGUGUGUGCGCGUGCGUUUUUUUUUAUAUACCUUCCUAUGUCUAAUAAUAAUAUCGAUAUUAUGUAUAUAUAUUUAUAAAUACGGACCAGAGCGGACACGCGGUGUUGAGAGACGUAAUGAUUGUUUCAAGGUCACUGUAUCGCGACCGGAUACGCCUGCGGUGGCGGCGACGACGACAGUGUCCAGUGACCAGAAAAAAAAAAAACUUAUAUAUUAUACCCUUUCAUAAUAUUACGAAAUAUAUAAUAUAAUACCAAUAUAUUAACAUAUAAUCUCAGUCCAAAGGUAUAUGCGCGUGCUGCUGCGUGCAGACGACGAUGGUUCGUAAAAAUCUGAGGUAAACCCCCUGUUCCUCGUCCAAGACCUGCUUGAACUCCAUAUAAUAUAUUAGGUGGGUAACUCGACUAUAACGAAUCGUUUUUUACAUGUAUUAUUAUUAUUAUUAUUAUAAUACUACGUGCGUACCGUCUAUGUACCGCGCAAAGGGUUUUUUCCCCCAGUUUUAAUUUUUUUUUUUUUAUCGAAUUUCAACACUAGGUAUACGUAUAAUAUUAUUUGAACAUGCGAUUCGUCACGUUCGAUGAACGCACCACGUGGCCUUAUAAUAGGUACGACUUUCGUUAAACGCUUAAUAUAAUGUUCCAGAACAUUAGGAAACUGAAUUGACGAAACGUAUUGAAAAUAAAAUGACCAGAAUCUAGAAAACCAGUAAGUAUAGUUUUCCAGAAAGUGAUAUCUGUAAUAGUGAUGGUGUUAGUUUUAGCCCUGCUCACCUGAUAAGGAAAAAAAAAUCAUAGAACAUAAUACUUUCAAAUAUUCCGAUAUUUCUUCAUUUGAGAAUUUCGGCCACUUCCACGCUCGUUUAUGUCGGGGAUCUAUCGAAUAAUAACUCUCUGUUUAUUAUGCAUAAUCACGUCGGGUAGGUCAGACGAAAAAAUAUUAUAUUAAAAAUGUGAUAUUUAUAUUACUUUUUGGAAAAUUUCUUUCUGUGAUUGAAAUUUCUGGCUAUCAUAUUUUUAGCUUGGUUUACUUUCUGGAAUUCGAAUUUUCUGGUCAAUAUUAUUUUCUGUAAAAUUCCCAUUGUUUCAGCGACAGGGUGUUGUAUAUAAUACUAUAAUAUACUCAGCAUAUAUAGGUAUACAUAUAAGUAUAUAGGAUAGAUGGAUCUCUAUAUCUCUAUAUGUAUAGUCAACUUGCGUCUACAUUGACCUAAAUUAUAAAUAAGAUGUGUUAUAUGGCCCAACAUAUCUAAAAUGCAUUUGACAUUCAAACCAAAAUAAAAAUAUAUAAUAUAUACCAUCGCGGGUAGUAAAAAAUAUAUAAAGUCGUAGAUACAUAUUAUUUAUAUAUUUUUUAAAACCCAUUUAUUCUAAAAUGAUAAUUAUUUUUUCUAUACGUAAUAAAUAGGAAUUUGUCACAUUUGUGACAUUUUUAUAUUUUUAUCGUUCGACAUCUAUAAUAUAUUAUAACAUCUUAUUUGUUCGUAACUCUAUAAUCUAUUCGUAAACUUCGAUAUUUGUAUACGUCCAUUAAAUCGCAAUAAAGUUUUGAUUUAAUUGGACAAUAUGACAAAUCCUUAAUUUGUUUAAAUUAUAUAUUAUAUAAUAUAAUAUCCAUUACAGGUAUCGAUUUAUCGAUAUUGAUAAUAUUAUUGCAUAUACGUAUUAUGUAUUGGUGCGCUAUUGAGCUAUUGAUAAUUUUUAACCGAUUCGAUGGGGUCGAAGCGUGGUAGUGGUCUGUGGGCUGUGACUGAUGUUUGAUGUGUGAACGAAAUACCGAUCCUCGAAUAAUAUAAUAAUAAUAAUAAUAACACAAAUAAAACGAGGAUUAUUUUGUCAUCGUGUUUGUACGUAUUGUUAUAAUACCUCCCACUCAAACGUAUAUGACUUUUUUUUUAUCAAACCUUUAAUAAAACAUUAAGUGAAAAAAAAAUAAUACCUAGCAUCGCCGUGGAACUAAUCUACUGCGCGUACACAGUCUAAUUCGCAUGCAGUCGCAAUUUAUAUUAUUCUUUUUAAUAUUAUAGUAAAUUCUUUCAAAGAUAAACACGUGAGAUUAAUAACAGCCUUCAGAUGUAAUCAAAUUAUAUAGGAGCUGUAAUGGCAACGAAAGAAAUAGACAAAAAAAAAAAAAAAAUACAAGUUACAAACUAUAGUGAUAAUAUUACUAUUAUAACCGACCACUGUAAUAUAAUAUUAUUAUGUUCUGCACUUCUACAGUAUAGUUCUGUUUAAUAAUACAAGUUUUGUACUGCCGCUACCAAAUUAUAAAUAUAGAAUACAAUAUAAUGUAUCUUAUGUAUCCGUUAUUGUCAUAUAUUUUAUACAAGUUUUAUGAUUUAUAGCAGUUUAUAUGCUCCGUUUAUUUUUAAAAUAAUGUUUAAUAGUGAAAUAUUGAUUAUUUAACUGAAGUUGUUUUGAUAUAUGCAUUUCAAUACUAUAAUAUGGCAGUUUUGUUUGUUGUGUAAAAAAAGAAAAAUUUUAUAUUCCGAGUAUAGUGAAGAAGCUGUAUCAAUAGUUUUACUAAGAUGUGUUUCCCCCCCUCCUCGAAUACAUUUUUUUUUGAUCAGUAAAAAUGAUCCAAAUUAUUUACGUAUUCUUCGUAAGUAUUUAAAAACAUGUAUUAGUACAUAGUUUGAAAAUUUACCUUACGGAUUCGUGAUAGUUUUUUUAAGAAGUAUUAAAAAAACAAAAAAUUACAAUCAUUGGCUAUGGUUUCUGUUGAUUUCUGGGUUACCUUUAGGCUACACUACCAGCAGCGUUGUCUAUGUUCUUUAUUUAUUUAUCGAGGAAAAUAUGAAAAAAUUACCGUAUCAGGAACAUUAUUACCGUACUUAUUAUUGUAAUCUUGGAGAUGAGCUGAUAUUCUGAUAAAACCCAAUUUUUAAGAUUUUCUUAAAAUUUUAAGUUUCAGUUAUUUUAUUUUUUUCUUGUUUAAUUUGUCUCCAUAUGAAGUGGAAAUUUCCCGCAAUUCUCCGAUAAAAUUAUGUUGAAAAUCUGGUUGGAAAUAACAUUACUUACCAGUUUCCUGAGUUCCUCUCAGUACCGUAUAAGUUAAUAAAAAAUAAGUUCGAUGUAAUUUCUUUAAUAGUUAUACCUAAUCGUCUAUCGUAAAAUAAUAAUAAUAAUAACAAUAAAAAAAAAAACAUUUAUUUCAUAUAUAUAUAUAUAUAUAUAUAUAUGUAUGUAUGUAUCGUAGUUUAUUAAUAUCGAUCAAUAGAAAAUUCGAGAUUUAAAAAAUAAAAUGUUUCGUUUCAGGAUACCUAACUUAUAUGUAAUGUACCUAAUGCAAUAUAUAAUAUACCUACAUAUAAUAAUGUCUAUAAAAUAUUUUUCCUUUUUUAGUUAUUAUUUGUUUAUAUAAUAAUUGCCUGCCUAAUUUGCAUACAAUAAAAUCACCGCUAAUAAGUUACCUCGUAGGUAUAUUUUUCAACAUUAAGUAGAUAUAUUAUACAUAAAUAUUAUCAGGAUAAUUAUUACUGUUAAGAACGUUUUUCGCAUUAUAUUUCAUAUUUACGUACGCACUAUAUUAUAAUAAUUAAUAUUUGUAGAAAUAAUAAUACACAAUAUUAUAUUAAGUCUUCUGGUCACGAACUGCAAUUUAAAUUUAUUCGACCAAUCCAGAAAUAUAUAUAAAAUAAAUAUAUAAUUAAAAACUUUAGGUCCUUACAUAUUUGAAUGGGUAUACGUAACUAUAACCGUAAUUUUCGACCAUCAUAGUGUUAUAUUAUUUUAUCCACACCAUGAAAAUGUCGAGUAAUUAUAUCCAAUAUUUAAGUCAAUGUGUGCGGGGAAUAUUAAUUAUGACGGUUUAAUUUUUAAAUUUUUUUUUUCAGAUUCUCCUUCGUAAAUACGAAACAAGAAAAAUCGAAUUUCAAUCAUCGUAUGACGUAGGUGAGCAAUCUAUGUUUAUAAUAUAUUUAAUGGUUUCAUAUAUUGUAUGUAUGCAUAUAUCGAUCAAUCAAUAUAGUAUAUAAAAGUAGAUACGUUCAGUAUUAACUGUUGAAUAAUAACCGGGCAACACCGUGAGCAACUACUUAUUAUUCGCAUUUUAAAUUAUAUGCAAUCGUUAUUAAUGUAUAUAGUUAUGGCGAAUAAUUAAUUUUAUAUUCUGUGGACAUAUUUUUUACCGUUGAUGUAAAUAUUAUAGUAUACAAGUUGUAUUUUUUGAGGUGUAAUAAUAAUUGUUUUCCUCAACGGUCGCAUGUCAAUAUAUCCUUGGUACCAGAGAAGAAGGGCUUUGAUCUCGAUUUUGUAUAGUUUUUAAUGCAAGCUAAUUAAACUUUGAUAAUUUUUGAAAAUGACUUAAUGUCGUAAUUGUAUAUAAUUAUAUGACUUAUAUCUAUUUGUCAAACAAAAAUUACAUCAUGUAAUGACUUGAGAUAUUUUAAGGUUCAGCAUCUAUAACAUGCGUCUGACAUACACUUAUGAAAUUUAGACGAACAAAUAAAAGGAGGAAAAAUUGGCAUAAGUAAAAAUAUUAUAAAAAAAAUUGACUUGAGAUCUCCUUCUCUGGGACCAAAAAUAUACAGUUGUAAUUCACGAUUAUAUUUGUCAUAGUUAUGGUAACAAAUUUUACCAUUGAAGUACAUGGAAGUUAUCACUGGAGAUGUAUUAAUAAUAAUAUUGUUUUCCUCGGAGUUAUUAUAUUAAGGUUGUAUGCGUAUAAUGGCCUAUUUUUUUGUACCAUGAUUCAGCGAUUUCCUCGAAAUAUUUUAAGUAAAUUUGAUUUCUGUAUUUUUUCUCCUUCCAAUCGUUAUAAUACGGAUAUCAAAAAUAAGAAAAAAAACACAUUAUAUUUUAAACUUGAAGGUUUCCAGGGUACGAAAUAUUCAUUUUAGACGUUAUGAUUUGUAUCAACGUGAUGUAUAUAUUAUAAUCGCUAGCUAAGAACAAAAAACAGACAUCGCACAACUGAUGCACUCUUUAUAUUCAUUGUUGUUUUAACUGGCCGCUAUUUAUAUUCUAAUAUGAUGUAUAUGUAAAUACAAUUACUCGAGAUCGUAAUUAUAACAUAUAGAUCCACCAUUGUUCCGAAACUGUUUUACAUACUCGUAUUAUCGAAAUACAUAUACCGGAAAUAUAUUAUAAGGAAAAUGAAAUAUCUUAUAUAAGAUUAGAAUAUUAUUAGCGUCGGAGUUAUUACAGUCGGCAAUUUAUUUUUAUACGCGUACGCGUAAACGUUUUGUACAUUGAUAAGAUUUUUCUAUGCAGAUUAAAAAAAAAAAUCCUUUUUACUGACUCUGACUCUCUCUCUCUCUCUCUCUCUCUCUUUCUCUCUCUCUCUCUCUUUUUCGUCUAUUUCGCCUGUACUCGUAUUCGCAGCAGUAUAAAUAUUUUUCAGUCGAUAUAGCCCCGCAGUUCAAGAGGUAUAGCUAGGGUACCUAUCCGAAAUUGGAAUUUCGCUUUUUUGCUCCAAAAUAUCAGUAAAACAAAAUCGUGUCCCUAUUAGUGUGAUGGUAGAUACCGAUCUGUAAACAAAAAAAUUACAUUUGAACUUAAGGGUGUUGGUUUUUUUUUAAACCUUUAAUUUCCAAAAACAUACAUAAAAAAGCUCGUAACUAUCCAAUUACAUUUCGCGAAUGACGCGAUUAUUUCGUUUGGAAAUAUUUUACGGAUUUCGGAUUUCAAAGCAUUACCUAUAUAAUAGCUACUACUAUAUAUACAGGGAAAUGAUGCUGAGUUUUUUUUUUUUUUUUUAUUAUUCACAUCCGACCAUUUUCUAGUGCGUAUAGUAUACAACGGCUCUCAGGGGACUAUUGAGAACGAUAUAUAUAUAUAAUAUAUAUAGGAGGAGAGAGAGAAAGAAAGAAAACGUUUACGACCUGUUUGCCGUUCACGGGUAAUCGUGUCAACGCACUCCAUGCCAAUGCUGCUGCUAUUAAAAUAAUAAUUUUAAAAAAAUUGUCAAACAUUUCUGCCAAGUCAAUACAAUUUAAUCCGCAUAAAAUUUAAAAACAAAACAAUUUUUUAAAUAGCGAAAAAAAAAUCGCUAGAAUGUUUUGAAAUUUUACCACAUCUAGAAAGAGUUUGCGUAAGACAUUUUUGUGGAAAUUUCAGAUCUAUAUACGAUUAUUUUUAACCGAAUUACAAUAAAAAAGGAAAAAAAAGGACAGACACACUUCGCAUGUGGAUGCAGUCACUGUUGUUAAAAGUUAGGAAGGUAGUAUACAGACGGGAAUUCAAUAAAUCUGUAAGCAACGAUAAACCAUUGAAAAAAUUGAUUCUGAGCGGAGAUUCCGUGACAAAAAUUAUAAUUUAAAAUAAUUAAAACUUAAUAAUAACAAAAAAUAAAUUUAAAUGGUUCCCAAUGACAUCCUUAUUUUUAAUCUUUUUAUCUUUUUUAACCCAAAGAACCGGGUUUUCGUCGUUAUCUUGAAUACUAAUGAGAGUGUCAAAAAAUAACCUCUUUAAAGUACCACCCAGAGAACAUUUCCUUUCAAAAAAGGUGCUAUACUAGAUGAUCGGAGUAAGCUUUCUAGUAGAAAAAGUGUUUACAUAAAAAAAAAAAAUAAUAAAGAUCAUUAUUAAAACAAAUACAUUCUUCACUGCUCUCAGAAUCUAAAACAAUAUCGAUAGGAAUUUCCUGAUUUUCCACCUUUUUUUUCCUGAUGUUCAAAAAACUUUUAACAAAAUCGAAAAAUAAAAAUUAGAAAAAGUAGUAUAUUUUUGGAACAAGAUUUCUAGUAGAAAAGUUGUUUAUAGAUAUAAAAAAAAAAUUCUCGUAUAUUGCAGUAUAACCAAUACACAUUUAUCAUUGCACACAGAAUGGUACAGUAUUUUAAAUACGGUACCGGAUGUGAUUAUACAUGACAGUCAUAUAUGAAUAUAAUAUUAUUAUGUCGGUGAAAAUUGAAUUGAUAAGAAUACGUCGAUUUAGUUCCUAAUUUUUUCUUUUUUUUUAUCGUUCCGUUUACAAUAAUAUUUAUAUUAGAUGGCUUUUGUUAGUCAAUAUAUUAACGCGAUUAAAAAAUAAUCAAAAUAGCAUAUAUUUUUACAUAUUAAAAAAAAAAAAAAAAUGAUAAUGAUAUAAAAAAAAUAUAAUAUACUAAAUGCGUAAAACGCAUAGAUAGUAAUUUAUGAUGUUUGACGUUUUUUUACUCUAGCUGUUAUAUUUCUAAAUUAUCUCGGAGCUGUCAAUUAUAAUAUCAUAUUAUAGUGCUAAAAAAAUAACACUAAAUAUACACUAUACUAUGGGUUGCUAAACUUUUCCAAGUAGUGAGCAACAUUCAACAUUUUAAGUCUUGACUUAGAACAAGAUGAUCGAUAUUAUCUAUUUAUUUAGGUUUUGGGAAUAUUAUUUAUAUUUUUGAAUACAUUCAGUGUAGAGUAAGUGUACAUCGUACAUUAUGUAAAUAUAUAUUCUCUUAAAGUUCAUUUUAAUAAUACGUGAAGAAUCGGUACACACUUUUUUGUUAUCUUACGAUAGUUGACAUUGAUUCUUUGCAAGUUUUGAGAAUUUUGGCGUAUAAUUAGACAUAGCUGUUCGUAAACUUGAAUUUCAAUGUCAUUAAUUGAUUGUCAUUAAAAUGUUCAUUAUUGACCAAUAUUUGAUGUAUUUUAAUUCGGAAAUGCUAAAUUACCUACCUAAGUUGAACCAAAAAAUUAAGUUAAACGAGCAAUAUCUCAUAGAUUUGUCUAUUUUUGAGUACUUUUAUGCUUCGAAAAUUUCAAUGAAUCAUAAGUGCUGAAGAUUUCAAAAACAAUAUUUUACUAUCUGAUUAUUUACAACGCGAUCGAUCGAUGACGGAAAAAUUAUUUUUUAUUACGAUCGACCAAUGUUCCCAGAAAGAUUGACCAAUCAUCACGAUCAAUUGGUUGGCAACUUCUGUAUUUUAUGAUUCUAAGUUAGAACUUUUAACCAAUCGCCGUUAUGAAUUCAUAAUAAUAUUAUUAUUCGACGUAAAAUUGUAGAGCUGCUUGUUUCUUAAAUAUUCUAUAAAACAAAUCCUGAAAAAAGUUAAUAUUUUUCGAGAUAAUAAGUGUACCUACUUAAUUGGAUCACCUUGUAUAAUGUAUUCAUGGUUUUUUUUUUAAUAUAUAUAUUUUUAUUACUUACCUACUUUUAUAAUUAUAUAAUAAUAAUAAUGAUUAAAGUUACACCCUGGGUUUUGUUUUGUUUUACCUAAACCUUUUAGUAUAUAUUAUAAUAACAUUGCUGUGUGAUUAAUGAUGAAAGUUGCAUAUUAGAUAAUAUAUGCACUAUCUUAUAUAUGAAAAAAAAAAUUAAAAAAAAAACUACAACAACAUCAAACUAUGUUUUAGUUUUUCGUAUAAUAGAAUCCAACAGUGUUGUUUUACGCACUAAACAACCGAGAGUACAUGCAGCAUAAUAUGUGGUUUAAAACGUGGUACAACUCAUAUAUUAUAAUGAUAUUACGUAUAGUUUAUUAUUUUAAUAUAUGCAUAUUAUCAUGAGUGGCGGCGGUUAACUGCGUUUUAUCCGCGAGAAAACACAACUUUUUUGACCCGAGUUGUCUCUAAUAUUAUUCACGGAGAAUGCGCGAGUUAAAGAAAAAGGCCUAAGACUGCUAACGAAUGUGCCACUGCUGUAUAGUUGGGAAAUUGAGAUAUAUUUCGUUUUUGUUUUUUUCUCGGCCUUUAAGACCGUAUUGCCGAAAAGUCUUUUCCAGUCUUAUAUAUUCAUUGCCGCCUCAUUUCAGUCCUAAUCGUCUUGAUACUCAACUAAAUAUUUGAAAAUUCCUGCUUAAUACAAUCUUCCCAUUUUCUGUCUCCGGGAUUAAUAUACCUUUUUACUCAUGGAUUCUUGUUUCUUCAUAUUCUAGAUUUUUUCUUUAUAUUUCGUUCGCUAUUUCUGUUAGUUUGAACAAUUCUUCUAACUAUUGGGUCUUUUAUCAAAAAGAUAAUCUUGGUUGUUUUUUUAAUUUUAUGGGUCUUGUACUCUGAUCAAAACAUGGCUUAGUUGGGAUGCAUAGAGUUUUUCAAUUUAUAUUAUCUGUAAGCAACGGCAGGUAAAUUAUUUCGGUAACGAAAAACGAUUAUGAAAUUCCUUCUUAAAUACGUUUUUAAAUGUCGUGAUUUUACUAGUUUCGUUUAUAUUUGACCCUUAAACUAUUUGGUUAUUAAUUUUCAAUACUUCUUAUGAGUUUUACUGAUCACGUGUUGACGUAUAUUGUAAUUACGUGAAUUGAGUAAGUACUCUAUAACAUUAUAAUGCAAAUUAUGGUCUUGAUAAAAAAAAAGAAAAUGAAAUUUAUGGAUUUAAUCUUGUUUUAUUUAUCUCACGAAAAUUAAGAUAUUUUUCGUAUAUUUUGUUAAAAUAUAUUUGACAAUCGAAAUCCUUUUUUAAAAUUAAACCCCAAAAUCCAUAGUUUUGUCUAGAUUUUCGGUCCGAAUAUCACUUUUCAACGAAAAUUAAAUAAAUAGUACGGAUUUAUAAUAGGUUUUUUCUAUAGACAUUCCUGAGUCUGUGCAAAAUGUGAUAUAAAUUGUUGUCGAUUAGGAAUUAUGCAGUUUUAUUAAAGAAAAAUGACAGCUCAUCUGUUUUAAUUCGAAUAUUACCAGCUGUGACUAUCACCCGGGAUUGAGAACCAAUUCGUAUGCUUAAUGACGGACACUUUCGAGUUCCGAAUAGUUUAUACUUUUAACUAUCGAUAGUUUUCGAUAAUUUGGUUGAAUUUUCGGAUAUUUUAUUUGAACGUUUUAGAUUCUGAACGAAGCGAGGAAUGUAUUAGUUAUACAAUGAUGUUUAUUUAUUAUUAUUUUUUUAUUUUCUGCAAACAAUUUUUUUAUUAGAAAUUUUGCUCUGAUGUAUCAACUGUAGUACUUUUUCUGAAAGGAAAUUUUAUCUGGAUUGUACGUUAGGCAUGCCAUUUUUUUAUCAAACGGUUUUCAUAAUUAUUGGAAAAAACAAAGAAAUAUGGGGAAAUGUACGAAAUGUAUUAUUUUAAAUUUUGUUUUUUUUUUGUGAUUCAGUUAAAAAUAUUUGUAGAUACUUGAAAUUAACAGAAAAAUUAUAUUUGUUUUUUUUAGACGUAAAAAAAUUUUCAAAAAAUGUUUAGCCUUAUUCGAGCUAUUUAUAGACAUUUUAAUUGUGCGAGUUUUUUUACGUAAUUUUUAUUUAGUAGGUACUUUGUGGAUUAAAUUGUUAGGCCAAACAAAAAUGCUUAAAAUUGAAUAGGAGGUUCAUUAUUAGUCUUAAAUGAUUGAAAAAAAAAUUGAGCGUAAUUUAUAAUUGUAUUUUUAAAAGAAUUUUUAUAUUAAAAUUUGAUGUAAAUCAUAAAUAUUAUGGUCUUUCAAAACACGUAUAACCAAACUCCUCUCGUAAUCGAUUUUCGUUAGUAAUGAUGAAUCGUACAUGCACAUUAAAUUCCUCUCUAUAUUCUUUCUUUUUAACUUCUCCCCUGCAAUAGUGGUUCAUCCAUCGUGUGAAGUAUGUCCGUUUUUUUUUCUCUGUGACCGAAUAGGAAAGUAAGGAUAGGAGAUAAUAUUUUGAAUGUUUUGUUGUUAUCGAGAAUCGAAGAAUAAACUAUUCACACUGAAAUAGUUAAUACGAUUAUUUCGUAUUAAACACAAAAUUCGGCUGGAAGGAGGGGGUUGCUUAUGCAUUUAGGCCUAUUGGUACCCUUCUAAAACCCGCGAUUAUUUACACCUUUCACCCCGUCACUCGGGCAUGGUUUCGCUUAUUAUACGCGCCCAUUAUUAGAAUAUUAUAUUUUGUUCGCGAUCGGAUCCUUCGGCCGUCGUCGACAGAUAGUUCGGAAGAAAUCAUCUGUAUACACCUGUGCCAGUUCCCUCCCGGGUGUCACGUGGGCUUCCACGAAAGUGCACCUUAAGAUCGUCUGUGAUAAUAAUACUACAGGUUUAGUGAAAGCGAGAUGAAUUGCCGCCGUCGUCUAUGUAUAGGGUCAUCCAUCAUCCGCGGAUGCUGCUGCGGGUCGAACCGUUUGUAAUAUUAUAAUAUAUUCUACGUAUAUUAUUAUUGUCGCCGUGGUCUUACGUCGGAAAUCGACGGAGACGACGAUGACGGUGGCGAUGACGCCGGAAAGUCGUUUAAAACAUUUUUUUUCGAUUUCAGACGACGGUUAGCGUCGUUGUCCACUGAAAUUUAUCCGCGGCCCAUCGUCCGCAGCAACAUUGACAUCGGCCAGCGUGUAUAACACUAAGUGUAUAUGUGCAAAAGACGAUGAAAAAAAUAUCGUGCAUACAGGAUGAUCCAUUCACACUAGUUAUUUCGAAAAGUAUUAGAUAUUUUCAAACAAUGUUUUUUAAUCACCAACAUUUUGGUGUGCGAAAUAUAACACUAAUGUUCUUCAAACAGUUUUAACUAAUACUACUCCGUCUAUUUAUAGAAUUUUUAACAUAUAUAGGUUGCCGUUUGAAAAUUGAAAAAAAGAUAGUCGUUUCCUAAGCGUAAAGGUGCAAAUAGGAGAAUGCCGGAGGACUUGGCGUCCUCAUCGAGUCCUUAUCAAGUAAUUACUGUAAUUAUAACGUAUCAGUAUUAAUUGACACGAUGAGGAUUUAAGGCCCCCCCCCAAAAAAAAAAAAAAUAUUCGGAAUAGUUGCGCCUACAAUAUGCAAUUUGAAAUCGUCGAAAACAUUCGAAUUAUCGCGGGUAGCCACUAUCUUAAACGGACGAUCGCUCUGUAUAAUAUGGAAUUUCAAAAAAAAAAAAAAUAAAUAAAUAAAAAAUACAUAACUUAUCGUCGAUCACGCGACGUUUUCGAAUGUAUACAUACACCCGCAACCGCGUAUAGGAUACCGGCGCGAUCGUUCUUAGCUUUUUAGGCUGAUCACCCACCCACCCUCCACUCCCCCUAUCACCCGUUCACAAUACGCGGUACACAAAGAGCCCGGGGUCUUGCCGCGGACAUUUUUCCGCCCCGUAUGGCCGUCCGCGACGAUCAUUUAUAUCGUCGUCGAGGGUUUCCGCGCCAAUAAUACCUGCGGCCGCGUACCCGUGUAUUACAAUUGUACGCGCGUACAAUACAACGCGCGUAUUCUUCGCCGCGGCGAGUCCCGCGCACUCCGAUAGCGAUCGAUAAUCGUGACUUAUCUACCGCCCGUGUGCGAUCACGGAGGAGCCCGUCGUCGUCGCGGCCGUCGUGUCGUUCCCACGCGACUCGCCGACUCGCCACGAUUCGCCGCCGCCGCCGCCGUGAUACGCUCGCGCGAAACAUACCCGAAUGCGUUUUGUUGCGGUCGCCGCGUAUACCUACGACCUGCCUGCUUGCCUGCCUGUCUGCCUGUCUGUCUGCCUGCCUGCCUACGGUCAUCGCCGUCGCAAUCAUCACAUGCCUAGACGUCCGCGAAUUUUCGCGGCGGCCGGUCGUGAUCCCGACGACGGGUUUCAGACGUUACCCGUAUUUUGUAGCCAACAGACGCAAUACGAACGUUAACGUAUUGUAGGCACAUUAUAAAACCGCAUCAUCCGACCGCACGCCAGCGCGUCUACCAUUGUUACAGCCGCUGCAUACCAACAAUUGAGUCGCGUUGCCCGAACGGGGAAAAAAUAUUAUACUAAUCGAGUCCCGGGUACAAAUCAAAUAUCGUUGUUUUAUCAAGUUCAGGCGUGUAAAAAAUAUUUACACUAAUAUACAUACUUAAAAAAAAAUAAAUAGUAAGUUUUGAAAUGUCGCUCCUCAUAUAAUAUCCGCAUAAUAUCAGAACUUCAAAAAGCUAGAAUUUCGAAACCAAGUCAGUCCGAUUAAUUCUGACUAUAUCAUCGUUAUUAAAUCGAUAAAAAAAAAUACUACAUUAAGUUCAAAUUUUCUUUUUGACCACAAAGAACCUCCUGCUAAAUGUUCAAGAUUUCUGUUUAGUCUAACAAUUUUACCACAGAGUACACACCGAAUACAAAUUACGCACAAAACACGCAAAGUUAAAAUGUCUAUAAAUACCUCAAAAGUGGCUCAAAUAUUUUGAAAUUUUUUCAUAUCUAGAAAAAGCAAAUUUAAGUUUCCUGUCCAAAUUUCAAGUCUCUAUGAAUAAUUUAAACUGAAUUACAGUCAAAAACAAAAUUUAAAAUAAUAAAAGCAUUAUUUUCUUAUGUUUUAUCCUGGAUUUUCCAAGAUAUUAAGAAAACCGUUUGGAAAAUCAAAAAAUGACCUUCUUAAAGUACCAGACAAAAUUUCUUUUUAGAAAUGGUGCCAUAUUUAAAUAUCGGAGCAUGAUGUCUGGUAGAAAUUGUUGUCACGGUACCUGGUGAUCCAUUUAAGGUGGGUACACCUAUUAUCUCGGAAAGUAUUGACUUUUUCUGGAAUUUGUUUUCUAGAACAUUUAAGAAAUAAACAUCUCUAUAAUAUUAUGUUUAUGUUAAUUUUUGUUCCCCUUAUUUUGGGGGUGGAACCACUCACUACCUACUUUUGAUUUUCAAAUGACCACCUAGUGUAUGAAAUCUUUGAUUUCUGUUAAGCAGUUGACGAGAUAUUCCACUUUAAAGUUUAGGUUGGAGAAGAGUAGUGGAGUAGAUCAUAUAUGUGGCGGUACGCCGUGUUAAUAAUCGGAUGGAUCUCCCGGUACUAACCGAGUCCGCGGUUAUUAAACCAAAAAUAUACUAAUAUUGAAUCCGAGAAUUAUUUUGAGUAAAAUAUAAAAUCAACCAUAAUACGUGUAUGAAUAUAUAGAGACGACUACGUGAUAUUCUUCAUAUUAUCGCCCUUAGGACUUUCGUCAGAUAAUAUGCAGUUCUAUAUUUCAGUUCGUAUGCAGCCAUUCUAAUAACAUCAUUUUUGACGCACGGUCCGAUACGUGACUUUUUUUUCAUGAAAAUAAUAAAUUAUUAUAUUGUUAUAAAUUGUUAUUACUCGACGUGGACUUAUUGAAAUUUAAAACUAUGAUUUUUUUUUUCGUUUUACAUACACGCACGGAAAAGUAUAUUACGUUUUAGGGCUGGAUACGAUUUCGUUUAUUCUGAUCGUUUUUCGAUUCGAUUUAUCGUCGGUCAUGGCGUUUAAACUAAAAAUCACCCCGUCUCAUUCUGUGCCGACUUUAAACAACUUUCCGGCUACAACGGUACCAAUAACGCACCAAGUACCUACCUAAGGGCGGCUUUUUUUCUUCGAGUUUUCGAAUCGUAUGCUAUUAUUAUUUUGAACUCUUAUUUAUUUAAAUCGCAUACGCGUAAUAACACGUGUAGUAUUUUAUUGUUGUGGUUUUUUACGUAUACGAGUACAUAAAUUAUGAUAAUUAUAGCGGUGAUAAUAUAGCGUCUGCGACCGGAGUUGUGUACAUAAACCACGGCUGUCUCGCUCGUUGUAAUACGGAUGAAAACAUUCUAUAAGUGGCAUUAUAAACGUUGUAUUAUUUCGUUAUCGGAACCGUGUAAUAUAUUAUGCGACCUGACCGGCCUACGCGUUUCGAUUACUAUAAUCUGACUGCGGGUUGACUUGGAAAGUUUUCAUUCCGAGACAACAACAAUAUAAUACAUCGUGGGUACGAAGAAGCUUCAGGCGGCCGGCCGGUUGUGAUUCUGCGGCAACGCAGAUGACGGGCAAACCGGUUUAACGGUCGUAGACGGGUACGUUUUUUUUUUUUUUUUUUUUUUUUUUGUCGAGGAGGACGAGGAUGAAGAAGUGGAAUAGGGUAUUUAAAAAACGAGUAGGUAAUACGUACCUUUAGGCCAGUAUAUAUUAUUAUAAUAUUAUUGUAGAACAGCGAGAGAGUCUGGUACCUAUACAAUUUUAUAUUAUAUUACCGCAGGUACAUCGGUUGCGAGUGGAACGUACUCGGAGAGACUUUCCCCGCGCCCUGUGUCAAAGAUACGCGUUGUUGCAUUUUUUUAUUAUUAUUUUUUUUUUUUAAAUUUCAUCGAAGACGACCACACGGCAACUUAUGUGUGUGUGUGCGUGUGUGUGUGUGUGUGUGUUUGUGUGUGUGCGUGUGACCAUGUGGUACAAGGUUGUCGCGUUGUUGUCCCGGACGCCCGAUCCGAUUUGUUUUUGCAUCUGUAAUAAUGUGACUUUCGUUUUUUUUCCUUUUUCUUCUUUAAUAGAGUUAUAAUAAAAUAUUAUAACAGUGACUAAUAUAAUAUAUACCUAUGUUAUGGAAAUGCCAAACAAAUAUUAAAUACGUAGAGCGUACUAAAUUGUGUAUACCUAUAUCGUAUUGAUAUAUUAAAUAUUUUAUUUCACGACGAGUAAGACUGCGAAGUGUGUCUAAACAUCUACAGCAGUUUGUUAUAUUCAAAUUAUUAUUUUCCGACGACGGCUUAUCUUUUACGAAACCGGUCAGGAUAACUCCGUGUUCAAUAAUAUACGCACCGUCGUCACGGCUUUGCUUUAUUUUUCGUAUCGUAAUGUAAUAUAUUUAUUUAUAUUAUGUUUAUUUAUCAUUCCCCCCCCCCCCCCNCCCCCCCCGUAACGAGUAUUUUUUUUCGCAACACACAUGCAUUAAAAAAAAAAAAAACAUAUUUCUUCACCGUUGUAUUAUUAUAUUUUAACAAAUAAUUAGUUAACCAACGAGGAAAUAUCAUGAAAUCAUCUUGAGUUGAAUAAUUAUUGCGUGCGAGUGAGUUUGUUAUUGCCGUAAAAUACUACGUUUAAAAAGCUAAACGUACAAACGUACAGUUCGUAUCAUGGGUUGGCCACUAUUAUAAGUGGGAAGCUCGUCGGAUUAUUUGUAAGUUUUAGGAUGUAGAACAAUAUUUAGUUUACACAUAUUAAAAUCAACGAUAAAUCAUUGUUGCAGUAAAAAAAAACCGAUCUAGAGUGGAGUUCAGUAAACCGGUAUGAUAUUUUACUAUGAUCGUGCUUUUCCACCUUGUAGCCAAGGUAACUAAAAUCGACAAAAAUAAAGCCGAUGAAUCAUCGUUUAUCUUUAUUUUUUUUUUUUUUUUAGAUAAAUUAUUUUGAAAUCCAAUCGAAAAUCAUCAUCUUUUCAAAUAUGACACGAACAAAUAUUGGCAAAGUAAUAAACUUGUCUUAUAUGUAUAGACAUAUAACAUCGAUAACAAUUUAUUAUUUAGGAAUUUUUCAAAUCAAAUCACAAAGUCUAAUUAUUUUAUUUGCAUUCUCUCUGCAUUUGUUGAAAUCCGUUAAGGUUAACGUCAAUGUUCAAAAUCCUAAUUGACUUCGAUUCGAUAUAAACUCUAUUGCCGGAGGUUUUUGUUAAUCAAAUAAUACUUCAAUGAAAUCGGUAUAGCUCUGCCAGUUAUUUCCGUUUACAGUCAUUUUAAAUAAAGCUACUUGUCAAAAAGCAAAAUAGGAUGUAUACCAUUUAUCAUCUUUAUUAAUAAUCCCUAUAUAUAAUAUUAUCCAGCGUAUUAUCCUAAUUCUGAUUGUCAGCAUUCAACUAGCAUUAUGUGUACUAUACUCGCAUAUUAUUAUUAUAAACUGUAAAAAUACUGGAUAAAAUAUAAUAAACAAAAGUUAACUUUAUACAAUAUGUAGGUAUCUGUUUCGUCUUUUGUUUUUCAUAUAACAGAUAAAUAAUUAUUAUUAUGUGUAUAAAGUAAAUUUUUUUUUAAAAAACACUGUAAUAUAGUAUCAAUUAAUUAAUUCUAAGUAUUAAAUCUUUUUGUAAUAAAAAUAACAUUCAAGUCGUUUGUGUAAAAUUUGAUUUCUGAAAUGUACGAGUAAAAAACGUCGGUGGUAAAAAUAGCAGAGGAAAAAAUGUUUGUAGUCAAAAAUUAAAAUAUUGAAAGAAAAAAUAAUAAUUUAGGAUAGAAAGGAUAGAAUUGAAAAUUGUUGCAAGAUCAUGAAUUACCAUCAUAGAUGUUUCAGUAGAAUUAUACCGUGUAAAAUCAUAUCCUAACAAAUGUCUGAUAUUUUGAUAUUAUUAAUUUUGCAUUGAAUACGAAUAUUAGAUAUAUAAGAUGUAUACAUAAAACGAUACGGACUUUAAAUUGUAUUACUAUUGGGAAUGUUCAGGAUCAGUUUGAGAAUAGAUAACGAAAAUUUCAUCUAGAUAAGAUACAGAUAAUUGUAUAUAAAUUUAUCUGGAUUAGAAAAAUAUAGUUUUAACUUUUAUCUAGAUAAUAUGAUAAAUAAAACUAAUUUGUAUUAUAUUUAAAUAACAAUUUUUCUAAUUUAUAGCCUACGUAAAUAAUUAUAUGAAUAAAAUUACGGUAAUAUAACAAUAAUAUAACUUUUUUUCUCUACAAUGAUAUUGUGUAAUAACUAAUACUGUGUGGCGAAUGAUUACACGCGUCCCUGUCUUCAUAAAUGCGGCGAUUAAUCAUGCAAAAUAUAAUACAUUUAAAUUCGAGCUUCGCCGAUUAAUUACCUAGUAUUUAAGCCACUUAAAUGUUUUUACUAUGUGACAAUUUAAAAUCAAGACUUAAAACUCAUUUAUACCCUCAACUUUAAAAAAUAUAAUAAUGUCUAUAAAUUGCUCAUCUAUUAUCUAUAUAGUUUAUAUUAUAUAACAAUAGUAAUGUUAUCGAAAAUCUUCGAGUCAAAGUGUCGUAAAAUAACGUUUUAAAGUAUCAACUUUAUAACAUUUUUUUAUUAGUACAUGGGAAUCUGGUAAUACUAUGAGUAUAUUUACUAACUGUAUAGUAUUCUGAUAGAACAAUUUUAGUAAAAAAAAAUGAAUGCGAUUUAAAUACAAUUUAUCUAGAUAAGUAAAUGUAUCAUCUAAUAUAACCAAUAGAUAAAUGGAACAAUAGUUGUCUAGUUAAAAUAAUAGAUAAGUAAUUUUUUAUCUAGAUAAGUCUCAACACUGUUUGGGAUAAUAAUAAUAUACUUUUGAUAGUCAUGCAGCUUGUUGUGCCAGCCAAUUAAGUAGGUAUGUUUUGAGGCUGCACAUUUUAUUGUUUGUGCGGAAUACUUGUUUACAUUACGUUUCUUAUGGUUUUCGUUUUGAAUUAAAUCGAUCUGCCUUUUAUAAGAUAAAUACACUUGGACAAUUUCGUACAAUAAUAAUAUUAUAUACCGAAGCGUAUAAUUUACAUUAAAAAAAUAAAAACAUCAUUUUAAAGGCUAUCAUUUUCUCCUUCUUGGGCGGAUAAUAAGGAUUCAAAUUAAACCAAACUUUUCUUUUAUUAUGGGGGAAACAAAUUUAUUUCGCAUUAUACACAGUCGUUUUUAUAUUAUUUAAACGUAUACUCAAAAUAUUAUUGACAUAAACGUUGCGUAAAUUUACUGCUAAGACCGUCUAUUUAUUUGUAUAAUAAUCUGAGCAGAUAAUGACCGUCUUGUUUGCGAGUAUUUACCCGUUUAUAAUAAAACGAACAAUAAUUAUAAACAUAUAUAAUAUUAAUAAUGUGUAUUUAAAUAAAACUUUAAAUACUUUUAUAACUUCUUAACUAUAUAAUAUGAUGAAUACACGAAAAUACACCGUUAAAACGACUGAGUUAAAGUGUGCAGAUUUAUUAUAAUGUAAAGACGAUAAAGCGUAAAAAUAAAAUGUAUACAUAUAUGUAUACAUAUUAUGUUAUAAAUGUAUUUAACAAAAAAUUGAUAAAAAAAUCGCAGUAGUUUAACGUAAUUUACUCGAUUCCAACUCUGUUCGAGUAGAAAUAAUAUAAAUUGGUAUACUAUAUGACUGUAAGUAGAAAAACUAUCGAACUUGGGAUUUUUCCGUAAAUUUCACUAACAUCGGCUUUACUAAUUUUUAUUCUACAUUUUUUAUUUUUCUUUAAAUACGAUUGCAUUUUAUUGCUGCGUUAGGUAGUUUUUAAUUACGUUAAAAAAAAAAAAAAAAACAACAACAACCGAAGUCAAUAAAUGCUCGCAUUGGCUGGGUGGAGUUUCCGAACAUACCUCCCACGCGUAAAUUUUAGCGUACUUUUUUAAUUUAACCAAAACAGGAACUCUAAGAAAUGUCUAAAUUGUUAACAUUUUGAAUCGAAAUAUUUAACGUUUUUUGAGGGAAGAUUUAAAUUUAAAAAUAAAAGUAUAAUAUUAUAAAAUAUCCUACAUCAAAGUUUCUUAUUUUAUAACGAGGUUAUGUUAACGCGGUACACAACGUACAUACCUACUAUAUUAUAUGGUUUAUAAUACGAUUUAUAGUUGGUUGAAAUAAUAAUAUUAUUUGCUGUGGGAAAUUAUUAUUGUUAUUCUUUUUCUCCGCACUUCUUUCAAGCUCGUUUUAAGAAAUUUGUUUCGAAAAUUUUAAUGAAUUGUAUUAAUACAUUGUUAUGUAUUAUAUACCCGCGCGGUAAAUUUAAAGACAAAAUCUGCACAAAAAGUAUACCGAAUAAAUUUAGUAGAUACCAGCCCGAAUAUAAGUUUAUUAUAUUAUAUAAGUUCAAUAAUAGUUUAAUUAGUUUCAUUUUUUGACGUAUUAACAUCCCUUGAAACCCCCUAUAUAGAUUGAGAGACAUUUAUUGAAAAUAUAUAGUAUUGAGGACUCGUGAUAAUAAUAUUGCGGAUACUACAACAGAAAGAUUGAAUGACUGACUCUUAUCAUAUAUGUUAUAAUAUAGAUAUGUAUAUAAAUAUAUUUACAUAAUUAGGAACUUAUAUACAGUAUACAUACUGUAUAUACCUAUUACAUAAAUAAUUUUUGAAGUUUUUGUAACUAUUCCUACGCAACGUAUACAAUUACUCAGGGAAAACGUUAUACUGGAAGAUGUGUUAAAAUAAAUAUUUGACGUUUGUGAAAAGUUAUUGCUGCGAUAUCGCCGACUAUAUUAUAUGAACACUGUAGGUCUCUCUAAUUUUUAAAUUUUCUUUUAAGGCGUACUACCACAUGCAAUUCGACCAUAAACUACUCGUACUAUAUACCUAAUUAAGAAAUUAAAUUUUCACCAAAAAAAAAAAAAAAAAAAAGAGAACUUGCACUGGGCAACGUUUGUUUUAGUUUUUCGAUACUACAAAUAAAAAAUAAGUUAUUAUUGUUCUACAAUCUUAUAAUUUUAAGUUUUUUAGUUUUUCAAACUUGAAUAACCAUAUUUUAGUACGGCCGUAAUGAUAUCGAAAAAUUAAAACCAACGUUGUACAGUACUGCAGGUUCGCGUUUUUUAUGGUAAAAAUUUUGGUUUCUUAAUUAAGUCUUUAGCCCGAGUAGUUUUUGCCUGCUCAAAACAGUCUUUCUAUAAACAUUGUUUUAAUUUUAAGCUUACAUAAUAAAUACUGGUAAUUACAAGACAGGACUUCAUGUAAAUGUAUAUUAAAUUGAUAAUGAAAAUUGUUGAGUUGAUCAAAUUUUAAUUUACAAACAUUUUUUCCAAAAAUUUCUAACAUGAAACAUCUUAUGGAAGAACGUUCUUUUAAGAAUAAUAUCCAAAAUCAAAAUUAUCGUAUCAAUCAAUGCUUUGUAAAACGCGUUUACUGAUAAAUUUGAGUAUAAACUUGAAAUCUGAUUCACAGUGGAUUAUAGUAUUUAGAUACACACAUAAUUUUAUCGGAGUGUUUUAUUAAUUUUUGCAACCCUUAUAAUUGACUCGGUUUUGCGUGAGGCCACGGUUCCUUUAAUCUAUUUAAUAUUUUUGUUCGUGUUAUUAUACUUGUGUACACGGUAGAUACGUCACGUAAAUGAUUAGCUUGAUUAGGUUGCGGAAACCAAACUACCGUUAAUAAUUUAUAUGUUCAUUUAACCGGAAACCGACAAACUUCUAUCGUGCAUUUACUUAUGGUCAACGAUGGGUAAAAUUAAUCAUUAAAGAGUAAUCGCUAUGUCCACACUCGCGUGUUUCGCAAAAAUCCUGUGUUUUUGUUUAUGCUCCCGUGUGGUACCAGUGUAACGAUCGCCGUUUCAUAAUACAAACAAUUUAUAAAUAUAGAUUUUAAAAAAUCGUCGUUCAUCGUAUUGUUUUUAUUUAAUCAAGAGAAAUACGAGUGUCGUAUAAUGCUUUCUAUAUCAAACAAAUAACCACUCUUGUAUGCUAUCUAUACAUCCGUAGACAUUUUUACUUUUAUUUUUAUUAAAGCCUUUAGUUUUAUAGUUGAUUUUGAUCUAUGUUUUGACGGUAUAAUUGUCGUCUUAUAAAAUUAUGACUUAAAUGUUUCGUGAAAAACGUUUAAAGUCAUUGCUCCGAUUGAUUACGUGAUGAUCACAACCAAUUAUUCCUAUAUUUAAGAAGGAUUUUAGCUCCACGUAAUCACAAGCCGCAUUAUAUUUUACUCUUACGUGUUUCCAUAAACACUCAUUCAUUUAAGUUUGAUGCUUGUGUUUGUAUUUUUUGCUAUGAGAAAUCCACGAUUUUUUGUAGUAGGUACACUUUCUAUAAAUUUGAAUUAUAAAUAUUCUUGAAUAUAUUCAACAUACGUAUAUAAUGUUUGUUUACGUUUACUAUUUAUUAACUAUAAUAUUUUGAAAGAGAAACCCUGCGUCAAAUUUUUGGACCAAAGAGAAAUCAGAAACUGGAUUAUAUUAUAUGAUAUAUGAGGAAAAACCAAGAUCUAUAAAAAAAAUAUGUGUGUCGGGAGAAGUGGAUGAAGUGGCUCAGGAAAUAUCGAAAAGUAGAAUUAUUAACUAAGAAGGACACGUGCAGCAUGUACAAGAACUUAAAAUUAUGAUCCGAGAAGUUUGUAAAACGGAACAAGAAAAAUAAGUAAAGAUUAAGAGGACACCCGAGACAGAAAUAGAUGAACACAUUACAGAUGGACGUAAGCUUGCUAGAUAUAAACAGUUGUGAAGAGACUGUAGUUGGUAUAGAGAUAAACUGAGAGAAUCGAUGGUUCCGGCGAAAGGCUUGAAUAACUUAUACAUUAAGCCAACGUAGAUGAAAAAUAUUUUAUCUUUUUUUUUUUUAUUUUUUUUAAUUGUAAUACACUAAUUUAUGAUGUCUCCAAUACAUUGUAUAUACAUCGCUAUAACAUUAUUCAAGUGAGUACUUACCGUAUUUACUCCGAUGUAAAUAACGAAUUUUUUUUUAUCAUACAAAUCAAACAUAUUAUUAUAGACGUGUACAUGUAACCAAAUUAUAAUAUUCGGUGCGUAUUAUUUCGAAGACGGAUCUCCGGCUCCGAAUACCUAAAUACUCGGUACGUAAAGUCUGUUUUCGUGUUGACAACGGUGGCGUAGUGUUAGCUUAGCUUUUUGUUCAUCAUACCGUGUACUGACAGUACAGUUUAAUAGAUAAAUUAGUUAAAUAACGGGCGGCACUCCAUUAAAACCGGAAGUAUGACUUACACGACACCGUGUUUCGUUUCGUAUACACGUGGUGUAACAGUAUCAUCUUUGUAUAACUAUAUUAUGGCGCGCGUACGCGGCAGUUAAGCCAAAAAUUAACCUCGGUGUAACUUUUCACAAAAGACAAUACCUACCUACCUACCUAUCUACCCGCUGGUGUAUACCGGGGUUAAAACUUUCCAGUCGGCCCGAGUUAGUGUUCAUCUGAGUAUAAUAACUGCUGUACGUGGUAUAUUGGCUGCAUUAUGCUUCCGUGUGUAUCCAUAUAUACAUAUACACGCAUUUUAUUACUGAAAUAACUUCCGUCCAAUUGUUCGACAUGGUAUAUAUACAGGAGUGUAGACUGCAGAGCAGUGGUAGAGUUGAUCCAAUCAAAUGUUUUGAUUCUUUUGACAAAGGCCGCAAUGAUAGUGAAUCGAUAUAGAUAUGGGUAUAAGAAAUAUAUUGUAUAAGUAAUUUAUUGGUAUUAGCUGGAGACAAGGGUACAGCGUACAGCGUACGAUCACGGUGAAAAAUCGAAUUUGAAAACUUUAGUCCAAUGAAAAAAUAUAUACCUACUUACCAAUGCUUUGUAAAAAAAGUACGCAAAAGUACGGGUCUAACUCACAUAGGUAUACAAAAUACUGUAUAAAAUGCGAAGUUUCUUUUCUUGGAAGGAAUGAGCUUUGACAUUGUAUUCCAAGUAGGUAUACAUAACUCAAUUCGUGUAGAAUGUAGCGACUAUAUGAAUAUAAAGCUUUUAUUUUGCAUUUUUAAUUAGUAUACAAAAUAAGGGAAAUUUGGAAAGAAGGUCAUUGUAGAAAAAUAUCAAAAAAAGGCGAAAUUAACAUAUGGAUUAUAUUCUCAUACAACUCAUACAAGUAAAGAAUAGUAGAAAGAGAAAACUGCAGAUUUAAUUCGUGAUUACAAUAUAUGGACCAGAUAAUAGAAGAUCAGGAGUAGUGGAGAACUCAUACCUGAAAAUGAAGAGGAAAGCAAACUAUGAAAAACGUGAAAAUAUCUGCAAAUCAAUCGGGUUGAAAAUUUCAACAGAAGGAAAAGAAAAUGAAGAACAUAUUUUUGUUUUAUAAUCUUCACCCCGAGAGGACCCUAUACCGGCGUUCGUCGUUUUUGUUUAUCUAGCAGAAAACACAGAAAACGACGUGUUUUCGUACUAUCAAUAAUAGAUUAAAAGCUCUAAUUCUGGUUCUAAUGGACUUAAAACAAAAAUGAUUUUUAUCAAAUUAAAGAUGAAAAUAUUUUCUAUGUUUACACAAAAGGAUUUUUUGCCAUUCGCAUUACCUAAACAAUUUUAUAUUGAGAUUAAAUUCCUGAGAUUUAGAAAUCGAAAAUUCCAUGUGAAAACACACUCGUAAAUGCGGUUGACUUUUAUUUGAUAAAAUAUUAUUAUUAUUUUUUUUUUUGGCGCUUUCGAAAGAUACUCUACAUGACACGGUUCGUGAUGUGAACCUCUUCGUAAACAAAUGUUUUACGUUGCAUUUUUCGAUCUAUGUCUAAGUUGUUGGUGCUCUUGAAGGGCGUUAAAAUCGCGGUGAAUACUGUAAAGGCAUUUUUCGAAUCGACAGAGUUGUUUUUAAUUUUUUUCCGUUAAAACAUUUAACUCUGUACACUAGUGAUGCGCAUUCUCUCGCUGACAGACUCGUCGUCGGAGGAAUGCAUCGAGUUCUUAUUUAUAUUCUUAUGUACCCAUACUAAAUACGUGACGGCCGGUCCCGAUUUUGAAUUAAUAAUGCGUUUAUACGGGUGUUACGAAAUCACUCGCAUUCAAUAACACAAAGCGACCCACGCUCGCGGACGACACAGACCUUGCGGUCCGGCCCGUGACAUACACUCGGUAUUAUAAUAGUAUUGACCGCUAACCUGACUCGGUAUACUCGGGUAUUUUAUAUUAAUAAUACUCGGCCGCCGGAUAUACCUAUUCUAUACUCCCGUGCGGUACAACACGUGGUGGUUUCACAGCGGUCAGAUGAGAUCGACCGCGCGAGCGAUAGGCGGCCAUACGGUUUUCAUUAUCGUCUCGAUCUUUUCGCCUUCAUUGUUUAUUCGACCCGCUAUUUCUCUCUCUCUCUCUAUAUAUAUAUAUAUACACGCGAGCACGUAUACGAUCAGGUACCAUUACCGAAGCGUUAACGAAAAACAAUAAUAAUUAUCAUAGUUCAUAGAUACUUUUCGUUCGUAUAAAUUAUACACAUAAACUAAAUAUCCUGAUUUUUCAACUGAUGAUAUUCGUCUAAAACAGUGGUUACUGCAAAAGUAUGUUCGGUUUUGUUUUUUUUUUUUGUUUUUUUUUUUUUUAAUUUUAAGCGCGUUUCGGGGGGAACCAUUAAGGGUGGGGGUGGGUGAUUGGGUGCCCUUAAGAGGUUUGCUAAGCGCGUUAAAUUCACAGCCGUAAUAAUGGAUAUUAUUUUUGAAACGAAUCGUAUUGUAUUAUCGCAUUUCUUUUCGUGUAGAAAAAAAUAAAAAACAAAAAAAGAAGAAAAAAACUCGGCUGUGUAACCGCUCGACAGUCUUCGGAAUAGUAUAUUUUUACGCGGGCUGGUGUAUAGGUACACUCGUCUUUAUGAUAUUUUCUCGCAUUUCUUAAUAUUAUUAUUGUUAUUUUUUUGUUUAUUUAAUGUAACUUUAAUAAUAAUAAUAACAUUUUCUCGGCGGCGGCGCGGCGGUUCAAUAAACUGCCGGUCCCGGGUGUUAUUUAAUUUAUUUGGAAGCAUUAUAUUAUAUUACGUUAUUAUUAUUAUUAUACAGUAUAAUAUACUUACCUAUAUGACGGUAUACUAUAAUAAAUAUACCAAACGGCGACGCACUAUUGUAUUGUCGGGGACUUGAACCAAGGCCAAUUGUGUCUCGUCGUCGCGCGAGUGUGUGCCGUGCGUACACACGUACUCAAUAAACCGUAUAAUACCCUCGUAUCGUGUACGCACACCGAAGACAUCGCGCAGUACCAUUAUAUGAUUGUCGUUACGCGACAAAGAAAAAAGAAGGGGAGAAAAGCGAAAAAAAUAAGGGUCGAUAUACCGCGGUCGGUGCGAGUAUACCGCUAUGUAAUUUACUGUUUGAUGUCAUGUAUACGUAAUGCUCGGGUCCCCGCGAAGUGACGACGAAAUUAUAACAAAACGGAAACUAUCUGUGUUUUUAGACGAAAUCAAAACAUUUCAAAAAAAAUCGAGCUUUUCACAAUAAAGUGUUGGAUUAUUUUUUUUUUCGAACCAAAGUCGUGUCUCCAUAUAGCGCCGUCGGUAAACGACAAAGGUUUCGGUUUUGUGGUCGUUGACCAUUGCUGGGAUUCCGUGAACAAUGGAUUUAAUGGUUCAUAUUCCGUUGAAUUUUCACUCAACUCGGUAUAGACGCGUGUUUUGUUAUUUUCAAAUAACACAAAAAAUAAAAAAAAUUGAAAGUUUGCGGUUGAGUUUUUGUUUCUACGAUAAUUGUGCGCGGACCCGGCAUAAUACACCAGGCUCCUAUAGUGAUCCAAAAACUAUAUAUUGAUUUCGUCCUCUGCACCUAACCUACCUACGUAAUACCUAUUACCUGUUCCUAUUACACCUAUAAUAGUAUUAACUGUGACAUUAUUCGUUCGCUGUAACGGGGCGGGGUGUGGGAGAGGGAGGGCUUGGUGUUGACAGAGCGUACGAGAGCACAACGCACUGAUAUUAUACGCUGUUAUUAUUAUGUACGGGACCUCCCACGCAUACGGGUAGAUUUCGUUGUAAUUUUUUUUCCCGCCAGUUUUUAUAAUAUUUUUUUCCCCCAUACUCGGACCAUACAUCCGGCUGCGCGAGAAUCGUAUUUUCAUAUCUACAUAAUAUAUUAUACGAACGAUUUUGUUCGUUUUAACGUUUAAUAAUAACGAAUCCCGUAAAAGUCGUCGGUAUAUAUUGUUAUAAUAUUCUAUAAUAACAGUAUAGUAUCGGCAGUACCCUUAACGCGACUGCUGUUGCUGCUGCUGUGAUUGAAAACGCAACUACCUAUACAUAGCGUUUUACGUACGAACGAAAAAUAUUUAGGUUUAAAUUUCUAUAAAUAUUUAUACACAAUAUUGUAAUAUAUUCUUCUUACGGUGUUAUUAUCUUUGGUGGUAAUUUUUCUUUUUCUUUUUUUACUCGUAAAAUAAUCUAUUUCGGAUAACCACAAGUGUUCUUCGGUGUUCUCUUUUUUACAAUGCACGCCCGUAUAAUGGUUUAAACUCUAUCGAGGUUUUUCGAUUUACAUUACUCAUCUGUGUUCGUAAAUCUAUGUUUAUAUACGACCCGAGUGACUUGAAAAUCUUAAGUAAAUGAGCAUUUUUCAAAAUUAAUAAACUUAACUGCAUCGAAAAUUGCAAUGGACGAGAGUCAUUAUAUAUAAUUAUAAGAUAUUUUCAGUCCCUGAGUUAAUACAAAUACUUUCAAUACAUUAACUGUUUCGAUUAUAUUUGACGAGAUUAUAAUUACAUGCCCAAACCUAAGUACUCGUAUAUAAUUUGUUUCGAAGAAAACCGUAUUUAUCGUUUUUCUAAUAUUUUUUUUUUAUUUUUUCUUAUGUUUUUUACAACAAAUGUCAUAUUUCAAUUGGAUUCCCGCGGGACUUCAGUUGAAUUUCAAUUGCUAUAAAUCUGACCCGUAUACAGACAGGAUAAUCCAUUCGAACGUAUUAUAGUGAAAUCAUCAAAAAAAUAUAACGGUUCAAACGAGCUCUAUAUGAAUGAGGAUUUAUUUAGAAAUUGAAAUUGAUUAUACUUAUACAAUAACCAAUAACAUUGCGGAUAUUUGUGUUAGUAGGUGGGAUUUCGUCCUUACCGUUCGCGUGGGCACGAUUAUAUAAUGCGUAUAUAUUAUGUAAAUUGAGAUUGUGACCGAAUAACUCUCAUUUUCGUUCCGAAUACUACGAUGUCAUAUUUUUUUGUUAAAGCAUAAUAUGCGAGUGCAUUACAAUAUCUUUUGUAUAGUAUGAAUAAUAUAAAAUAUGGACAUUAAAAAUAAUAAUAAUAACAAAUUAUUACUGUUAUAGUCUACGACUUUAUCGUUUAGUUCUAUACAUCGAGCGAUAAAUUUGCGUAAAGGUUUGUAAAUCACGCGAAUUUUAGUAUUGUAUAUUUUAUUAAAAAUUAAAUUGUGUUUUAUAUUUAUUAAACUAAUUAAUACUACUAAAAUUAUUAUGCAAUUCAAUUUAAAUUUAUAUUAAAUAUUAUGAUUAAGUUAUUUAGUCAUAGUGCAACAACCAAAUGUAUAUAAUUAUAUAUAAUAUACAGGGUGAUUCACUAAGCAUGCUCAUUUCAUUUUUUUGGUUAAAAUUUUGCAUAUAUUCUAAUUCUGAUUUUGGGAAUUUUUAAAUGUAUAUAGUUAAUGGCGAUAUUUUUUAAUAGGAGAUACAGUAACUAUAUUUGUUCUACGUAAUUUUUUUACAAAACAAUUCAAGUCACUGUGAAUAUUUUUAACUGAAUUAUAAAUGCGUUAUUUUCGUAAAUUUUCCCGUUAUUCCGACAUUUUAUCUCGGUUUUUCCCUGAUAUUAUGAAAACCGUUUGAAAAAUCAAAAAAAUUACAUCCUUAAAGUAUUGUACAGACAAUUUUUCUUUUCAGAAACGUUGCCAUAUGUACAUAUCGGAGCAAGAUUUCUGGUAGACAUUUUUGUCACAGAAUGAAAAAAAAAAAAUUAAGAACUAAGGGGUAGGAAGAACAUAAUAUACAUUUGUUUGAUAAUUUAUUAAUAAUAUUGUAUGCAGUGUAAUGUAAUGUAAUGCAGUAUGUUUAGCUAUUACACACACAUACCACUGCAACAGUAAGAUUUCAUCUAGAACGAUGUUGCUAAUAAUAUUGUAUAAACGGUAUCAUAUUAUUUAGAAAACGGGAGUAAUUUAAUUAGUGUGUCUUUUGUAUAAUGAAUUCACCGAUGCAACGUUGCAUGUUACAAAAUAAUGAAUUUUAUCAAGACUUCGUAUAAUAAUAGUGUGCAUAAAUGUAUGUAUGUAUACAUACGGGUUGAUUAAAUGUAUAUACACAGGGGGAUUCUUUUGUUUGAUUUCCUCGGAAGAUAUUAAGUGCAUUUUAUUUCCGGUUAUUUCCCCCCUCCCCACCCAAUCAUCAUAUGGAAUCGCUUUUAAGCUUUAUUUCAACUGCACCGUUUUAAAAUUGUCACCCUUACAUUAUACCAGAAAUGAAAAAACUUUGGGUUUUAAAAUAGGCAUUCCUCCCUAUAAUAUUUUGUAUAAAAACAUUUAUUAAACAGGGGAUUGCUAUUCGAAAAUCAAGUUGAUUUGUGUUUAUGACAUAACUACGUAAAAAUUGUGAAAUUUCUAAAAUAAUUAUGUAAAUAAGAUCGCUAAACAGUUCUAUAAUAAUGAUUGAAGAAAACCAAAAUGGAUUUUGCACAUAAUUUUCGUAUAAAAAACAUCACGAUAAAAUAAUCAUCCUGUAUAUAAUAUAAAUGCUGUUAUAAUAUGAAAUAAUAAUAAUAACCUAUUUUUAUUAUUUUUACUUUCUUGGUGGUUAUGGAAAUGUAUACAUUAAUUAAUAAGUUAAUGUGUAGGUAACUGUCAAGUUGAAUUUUAUUAAUUUAAAAUUUAAAUAUAUUAUAUGAAAAUAUGAUUUCACCGGUUACCUUUAAACACACCGCAAUUUGUAUGAUCUGUCAGAUUCAUUACACAUGCACCUACAAAAUUAACAUACCUAAUAAAUAAUCAAAUUAAUCAUGUGUACAGUGACUAUUCAAACGUAUAAAUACAAUUUUGUAUUAUUUAUCGUAUUGAUGAACAAUAAUAUACUGCUGUAUAGUUAUUGUAAUUUUCGAAUUUUUACACGAUGUUUAUUGUUGUUUCUUAAUAUUUACGAUCGUAUAAUAUGUAUACAUGUAUUUUUAUUAUUGCUAUUAUUAUUAUUUUUUAAUAAUAAUUUAGAGAGUUUAUUGUCUUAAGAGGAUUAAAGACUGUGAUUUUCAGUCUUUGUCUGACACACGCGCAAUACAAGAAUUUAUUACAUGUCUUUACAUGUCUAACUUUAUAAUUUCACUCCUACCCUAAUCUAAUCUUUCUAAUUUUCUUUUUUUUUUCAAAAUAGUAUGGUGUAUAGUUCUGAAUUUUUAUUUUUUAUUGUCUUCAAAAAAUACAUAUUUCUAUAAUAAAAAUAGGGGUGGGGGGUAUUCGAAUCUAGUGACAGAGUUAUGAUGCUUAAGGGAGGUUUUUUUUUUGUUCUAGUAUUUUCUAAAUAAUAAUUUUAUUGUACCUUUUCGUUUUAUUUAACUAUUUCAGUAUAUACCCAGAAAAAGGUGGAGGUCACACAGUGGGAGAAAUUGAUCUUUUAAGUGGACAAAACGCAAUAAAUUUGAUAUUGCCGUAAUCCGUAAUGAACCAGAUAAUACUAAUUUUGAUGUGCAAAAAUAGAAAAUAGAAAAACUUCAUUUUAUUAUGUACAGUUUUACUACAAAUAUAUGAUUUAAGUUCAUAUUCUCGAUAGGUAGUACGUAUCCCAAUUAAGAAUAAUAUGGAAUUUUCAGAAAUUUUAUUUUCAUUUAUUCUCAGUUUUAAUACAAUAUUUUAUCAGAACGAACUAUAGAGAGAACAAAAUAGCUUUUAAUCAACAAGGUAAGCUUAUAUUUUAUAAUAAUUAUAGUUUUUAAUAACCAAAAUUAAGUUGUAACAAAAUAUAAUGUUAAAUAAAUUUAAAUAAUAUAAAAACAUAACAUUAUUAGUAUGCAAAAAAAAAAGGAAACUGGGGGGGGGUUCAAUUGAUACAUACAACUAUACAACCAUACAUAUAACUUCGUAAAAUAGAAGUUUUGCUUGCCUUUAAUUGCCUCAAAUAUCUUAAAUCAUAUUUUAUUUAUUAUUUUUGAACACGCUUUUACUAGUUUCACCUGUAUGUUUGUAUGUAAUGGAAACUUUAAACAUUAUUUUCACCCACUUUAAAAGAUCAGAUUUAAUUGAAAUUUUGUACACUUAUCAAGGACUGAUGAAAAUACAAUAAUUUAAUAUGUUUGUCUCAUUAUCUUGAACAGAAUAGUCAAGAUGAAGGAUUUACUAAAAAGAAUUAACGUGAUUUUCUCCCACUUUAAAACACCACAUUUAACCCGAUUAUUAACCCCGAUAAUUAAUUUUAUUUCAGUAUAUAAACUAUUCAAACAUUGAACAAGUUAAAAUAUUUUACAUUGUGAAUUUAUAUUAUUAUUAGAUUUUUCGACCUCUGGGUUUCGAUCGGUUUGUACACAAAUGUACACUACACGAGGACAUAAUAAAAUUAAUAUCGUAUUUAUAAACUAUUGUAACGUACUUUCAAAUUUUUUAUUUUAAAUUUCAACUGCUUCAACUUUUUAGUUUUCAACACAAACUAUACUUUUUAUUUAAUUUAAUCAUUUAUUUUAAAUAAAAUAUAUUUUUAGUGCUCUUAGGGCUUCUUCUUUUUUAACGCCAAAAUACUUAUAAUUAUGCAAUUAUUAAUUCAUUUUUUGUAGAUUAUUUACAUCAAUUUUUGACCAUUCGAUUAGUUUCUUCAAACGUUCAACUUUUUCCCUCAGUAACGUAGAGUAAAUGUACAGAAGAUAAAUAACUGUAACAAUUGUUUGUCAUUAAAAGUAUGUAUAGUAAUUAAAUGUAUUGUAAUCAUUGAUGUAUAAAUGGGUGUACGGGAGUAUACGGUAUAUAUUUACUUCUCUAGUUUUUUUUUAGCGUAUACUCUCUAAAUAAACGACGAUACGUGGAUAUACGACUGUAUAGUCCCGUAUAUCUAUUAGAAUUUUCGGUGAAGAAAACAAAAUGUUCUAUAAUUAUUUGUAAUUUUCAUUUCUCAAAUGGUAUUUACUACUUAGUACACAAAAUCAUUAGUUGAUUAUCAAAUAAUUUUAGGAAUCAAAUACCAGUAUCAGAUUCCGGUAUAAAUAUAUUAUGUUUGCUUUUAACUCGUUAUGCUUGUACAUUUAUAAUCUGUAAAAUUAUGUAUAAAUGUAUAAUUGUGUAUGGUACUAUAUGCAUUUAUAUGAAUGUGUGACCACAUGAAUGUGUGGGUAUGAAAUAUAUGCAGGUAUAUGUAAUAAGUAUAUAUAUAAUAUCAAAUAAUAAUAUUUAGUUUAUAUACUGAAAUAAAAUUAAUUAAACUUGACCUCGUGAACAGGGCUGCAUUCUGCUCAAUGUCGUAGUAACAGCAAAAAGUAUCCAUUUUAUCAUUUUAAAAGUAAAAAGAAAAAUUUAAUUAUAUAAAAAAAAAAAUUUUGUUAACGAUAAACGAUUUUAUGGUUGCUUGCGGUUUACGGAAGUUAAGUUUAAGAUGAUUGUUAUUUGUCGUUAAGGCCAACAAAAAAACCUAACCUCACGUAGAUUCACGUAGAAUAUUAUUGUAUUAUCCACAAAUUCGUUGGGAGUAACCGUUGAUUAUUUCCCCUCAAAAUUGGAACCGGUUACAAAAUGAUGAAACUCAUUUGGUUUCACCGGUCACACUGAGUACAAAUCGGUCACAAAAUGUUGUGAUUAUCUCGGAUAGACGGUCACGAUCGGUGAAUUUUCAUCAUUCCCUCUAGAAUUAUUAUUUCGUCUCGUUAAGCCAUCGGCGCGGAGUCUUGUUAUCAUUAUAAUCGUAUACUUUAUCCGUUUAAGUUAUUGUUGCUGUCAUUGUUUCGUUGUCUAUCGUACAAAAUAAAUCUCUUAUUAUUAUUUUGCAACAAUAGGAUGUAAGUUAAACAGAUACCAUCACCGCUUCACCGAUUACUAUGAAUUGUAACCGUACUAAAAUGGUUUACUAUCAAUUUGUGACCGGUGACUUUCAACGAAUUUGUGGUAUAUAUUUUGUUUUAUAGCCGCUGUAGUGGCGCACGCGUGCUCGCAUGUACUGCCUACCUUUUCUAUGGCUAUACCCAUCUUUAACACAGCGACCUUUCGUCGUCAUUGGACGCGACCGAAGCACCUGCCUUUACGUCCAUUUACACGUUGUCUCCGCGGUAAUGCCUUUCAUCACUCCCAACCGCGUGGAUUACUCCAAAAAGUCACUCCAGCCGCGCUAUGACGGACCUUUUCCCAUUCUGGAAAUUCAAAGAUUUUCAAGGCCCAAAUCCACCAUCAAAUGAGUUGAGUUUCAGUGGACCGCUUCAAACCGAUAUAUUUUUUCUGCGAAAAAAGAAAAUGUAAAAACCUGUUAAUUUUCGAUAAAUUCAUCUCUAAGGAUGAAACCCUUUCAUUGCAACGCGUAGGGAAAAAAAUGUUCUACCUUUUUCGAGAUUUUAUACACACAUAACUAAAUUUCACUAUACUUAGUCGGUAAUGAAUAUCCAUCAAUUUAAUCGUGGGAUUAAUAAUCAUAAGACCUAAGCAUACUGUAGGUACAGAGUACGUGACAAAGGAAAGAAUAUCGGAAACUCGCAGUAGCAAUAUGAAGACAGAGAUAAGCAAUUAGAAAACUAAAAAAAAAGUUGUAUACAUAUAUUUUUUUUAACGAAAGAUGGUAUAUAAGUAAUGAAAACAAAAGAAUAAUAAUAAUAAAAAAAAAACCUCAUUUUCAAAUGUUUACUCAUGACCCUGGUGUAAUUGCUAACGUUUCGUUUACCAUUAUAGGUUUUCUUUUUUUGUUUUCAUUAAAAAAAAAAAGGUUAAUGAUUAAUUUUCUCGGACGAUCUACAAACUAAUUAAUAAGACGUUUAUUGUUGCUGUAUAUUAAAUUGAUAUUGGGUUUACCAACAUAAUAAAACUGAUCAAUUUUUUUUUUUAAAUUAUUACGAUAAUUUGCUAAAUAUUUGUGUAUGGAUACGACACGAACGGAUUAAAAGCACUUGAAUAUUUUUUCACAUUUUUCGUUAUUAAAGUGGUUUGGUUACUUUUUGGUAUCCGGUGGGUGUGAUAGUCGUUAUAUGACAGGAAUUUUAUCAGUUACAUAUACCUAUAAGUCUUUGAUUAAAAGCACUACCAGAAAAGUUUUCUUUCCACGACUUUUAAAUAUUUUCAAUUUUGUAAAUAUACAAGUGCAGUUGCACAACAUUAAUACGCCGUAAUGCAUUAAUGCGUAUAUUUAAUAAUGGACUGUGUCUUAAUUCAUAUAGGUAAUAAGACCAAAUAAUAUUUAUGAUAAUUUAAUAUCAAUGCUUUUGCUCGAAAAAUGUUUUUUUUCCUUUUCGGAUACCUCUUUUUGCUAAUCAGAUGUCUAAUUUUUUUGAUUGGACAAUGGAUAUAAAAAGCACAGUACACAAUAGGUAUUAUGUUGUCGUGUAUUUACCCAUGAUAACGAUAAUAUUAUUUCAAAUAUAUUAUUAUAAAUUCGUACAACAUUUUAAUACAGCUAUUGAUUUAUUAUCAUAGGUUUGCAUAUUGCACUGGUACAUAUUAUUUACUAUUACUAUAAAUUCAAAAUUGUCUAGAUAAAUAGUAUUGUAAUAUGAAUCGUUUGAGUCUUGGUUUAAGUAAAGAAGUAAAUAUUGAUAUUAUUACAUGAUGUUUGUACCGUAUGGUAUAUACUUGAGAAUUGUAAUAUAGUUAUUUUAUACAUUUUGUUAGUCUUUAAAAAACGAAAAAAAAAAAAAACAAAAGUAAACAAUUACAUUAUAUAAAACAUAAUAUUGUUCUUGUACAUAUAAUGUUUCAGUACAUACAUACAUAUAUAUAAAUAUAUAUAGCUACUGGAUAUUGUCCUGUUGUUUUAUUUGCUCUCUUUAUAUUACGUUGUACACGAACCAUGCUUAUUUUACCAGUAAACACGUCUACAACGAAUUUCUUCCCAUUUUAAUUACAAAUUAUUUGUACAGAGACAUCGGGCAGGUAUAGAUGUGUGUUUCUAACGCGUUUAGUUUCUAUGCCGUCGUCGCGUCAUUGCAAAAAGUAAUAAAGAGGAUUUUUCAAUUGUUUUCGAUCGAAUUUCAUUAAAAAUAAAAUCAGAGGACUAGCAGAGACAGUAGCAGCAGCAGCGUGUUUGAGGUCUUAAAGAGGCGACAAAAAUAUAUAAGCUGCAGCGGUGUGAAAUCGAUUGAAACUGCGGAGACCGCGGUGUAGUGCGAAUCGGAAUUGUCAUUAGGAUUAAAAGUCUUUUCGACGAGAUAACACACCGGACGAAGAUUGGUGUAUUGUUGCGGCGGUGCUCGAGAGGAGUGGAGAACACGUGUUACGUGAAAACCGUGUUCGAAAACUUUGUUUCUUUCUGUAUAUAAGUAAUACUGUAUUAGAUAAUGACAUUAUAUUAUUAUCUUACUCGAUACAUAGCAAUGGUCUUUCUCUGGUUUUUCUCUUGGUUUUUUUUGUGAUAGUGACCAAUGAUUACAUAGGAUGUUUUAAUGAAGCGUUAUUAAAAAGAUUAAACUAUUAACCUUAAUUAACGACUCAGUGCUGCAGCGGUGAAACUGCGGAUAUACUGCAGUGCGAUGAAAUAUUUUUGAAGUGUACAAGUACGCUCAAUUACAGGCCGUAAUUGCACAUUUACUUUUUUUUUUCAAUUGCUAAUGUUUUUUUUUUGUAACGCGGUGUUCAUCUUUAUUAUGGGGUAAAUGCCCUCGAUCGAUGCGAUUAUUUAACCGUAGAUGGUAAAUUCCUUCUUCUUCGAUCGUAAAUGUUCGUUUGUGUAGUGCCUAUACACGUCUCGUCUUAAAUGAAGAUGUCCUACCCAUAAUCAUUUAAGAGGUUGAAUAUGAGACAUUUUAUCGACAUUUUUUAAGUAAAUGCAAUUUUACAACCUAAAAAGUAUUUAAAUUUAUUUUCAAAAUAAAACGAAAAACCGUAUUGCGCGGGUAAAGACUGCGUGGCUACGAACCAACUUUUACCAUGAAACAAAGGAAACUUGCACUGUGCAACAAUGGUUAUAGAUUUUCGAUAUAACUAUAUCACGAAAAAAGUUAUUAGAGUUUCAAAACCUAUCAGAUUUUUAAACAAUAAUACAAUCGAUGUUGCCCGAUGCGAGUUCCCGUUGUUUUCAUGGUAAAAAAUUUGAUUUCUUAAUUAAGUUUAUAGCCCGAGAAGUUUUUUUCCCCGCAAAAUAGGUAUGUCCUCUUAAAACACCUUAAAACACCGUCACAACGUUUCUAUAAUUUUUCUAUGGGUACGUAUUACGUAUGUUUACAGUUUUUACGUUCGAGAUUUACGAAAAAUAUCUCGCGGUGUUCCAAUUAUAAAGUAUAAAAGUGGAUUUUUUCGGGAUUUUGUGUUAUGUGUAUAUCCGCAAUGACUCAGCCAUUAGGUAGCCAGACCGACCGAUCGACAGCUAUACCGUAGCGCAGAGGUAUUUUAAUAAUAUAAUUUAAAAACAAUCGUUGACUGCGACCAUAUUAGUCCGUUCUCAGAUAGAUACAAAUUGAGUUACGUAUAGCGAUUUCGUCUCUCGCCUUUCCUUUAUAUUGUAUUGUCUUUCGCGUCGAUACAAUUUAGAUCCGACCAAAUACCAAGCAUGUCGAGAAGAAUUUUUUUUUUCACAAUGCUAUACGCUCGGAAUAACCGUUUUUUUGAAAUCGAAGAUUUACCCGCGUACUGCAGUACUGUCUGACCCGUACAUUUGAACCGAUUCGAAUUUUUAUAAGUCAUAUUUUAUCGUUGUUAAAUUUCAAAAAUUGAAUCUUCACGAUAUUUUCACGGAAUUAUACUGCUAUAAAUGUUACAAUUUCAUAGCUCAUUUAAAUAUUUUAGUUUUCUUACGUUCGCCGUUUCGUUUUUAACUUUCAUGUAUUUUCCAACCAAAGUGUAAGUAUAAUAAAUAUUAAACAUUUUUCGUCUGCGAAUUUCAUACUUAUUACAUCAUUUUGGAAAGAUGUCUACAGGAUAUUAUUCCAUUUUAUAAAAUUAUUAUUCGGACGUAGUUCACUCCAUAGGUAAUAUAGACGGAAAAUUUGAAAGGAUUGUGAUAUUAGGACAUACUGAUUUAUGUCUGAAUAACAACAAUAAACCAUUUCAAUCAUAAAACGAUUCUGAAUGAAGUUGAUUUAAUAAUCCUUUUACCUUUUCUUUGAGCAUUUGAUCAGUUACAUAUACCUCUAAGUAAAUUAGAAUUUACAUUAUAUACCUAUAGAAAAACUUACUAUUGAGUAUCUAGCAAUAAUUUGUUUCAUAUAAUGUACCGCCAGCCAUAAAUUACGUAUCAUUUAUAGGUAGGCACUGAGUGAAACAUCUGGAACAUUUCACUGGCUAAAAGAGUAUUAAAACGUAUAAAAAAAAAAAAAAAAUUGGGAAUAGGAAUGUUAACAAAUGAUGCGAAUGAAUUAUUAGUAACAUCGGGAACACAAUUUCGCAUUUUUUAAAUGAAUGACGUAAAAAUAUCGGAGAAUUUUUACUAACUCAAAAAAUGUUUUUCACACACACGUCUUAUUAAAAUGAAUUAAAGUCUCGAAAAACUUGAAAUCUAAAAAAAAUACAUAAUUUACCAUUAAAAAAAAAAUAAUAAUAACAAUAAAAUGUGUCUGUGUUAAACAUGAUAGAUAAUAAAAUUACACAGGAAAAACUGAAAAAAAAUAAAACAUUUUCGUCACGGUACGUUUCUGCUAAAGCGAUUUUGUCACGAUCAUCAAAUUUAUAUUUUCUAACGAAUUUCGUUAUAGUUGUGUCUGUUGAUGUAAUUAUUGUGUCGCGAUGCGUUUGGCGUUUAUUAUUUAUUAUAUUUAGCGACUAAUUAAUAUAAACAACAUAUCGAAUUGCAUACGUAUUCAGAGGUGGCGGGAUGGGAGGGAUAUUCAAUCGAACUGGUGUUUUUUUUUUUUUUUUCACGGCCAAAAUAUAUUAAGCUGACGAGUUGCUAAACCGUAAUAAUUAAUGCCACCGCAUUAGAAUUAAUAUUUAAGUCUUUAAGACAGUCUACGCGCUCUCCACUUAUUGUGUAUACAAGCUACACAAAUUAAUAUAAUACUUUAUAUAUACAUAUAUAGUGAUAUAUUAUAACGCGCAAAUAUCGAACAGUGUAGUGAGUGUGUACCUACAUAAUAUAUAUAUAUUUUAUUCGAAUUUCAUUUCAAGGACGCUAAAAUAAUAACAAUGGUAAUAAUAUUCAUUCACGUGAUCGAUUGAUUGUCAUUUGUUGUAAUUAUUUUGAAUUGUGUAAACAAGUCGGAUACUUCUAAAAUCUAAAACGUUUUUGUUGAAAUUGAUCCUGUAAACAUAAUUACGAUAUUGGUGUAUUGCAGGGGUGACCAAUUUAUAUUCUUGGAGGACCACACAUAAGGAAGUUUGACAAUUUUGCGGGUCAUUAAAACUCUAUUUAUAAAUAAUGUUAGAGCAAAAUAAUAAAAAAAAAGCGCUUUAUAUGUGAAAUAAUAUACAUUUAAUAAAUAUUAUAAAAUAUAGAAAAUAAGUAAAUAAUUUAAUUAAUUAUUACAAAAACUUACAAUGACGUUAAUGAGAAAAGUGUCCAGCCUUCCUCUUAAUCAGCUGUUUGAAAUUAGGAGUGAAAUAUUAGUGCACGCUAUCUUCAUUACCAUGUUCUGAUGUUGGUUGGUGGUUCAUUUUUUUAUGAUUCAUUUUCGAAAAAACCUACUCACAAACGUGUGUGGCGCCUAACCUCUGUACACAUUUUCACUAUCAAUAAUUUCAAUGUCGGAUAUUUUUUUUCUGAUACUUAUUUUAAUUAAAAUUUAACGUAAAGUCAUUUUUAGGUUUUGAAUACUUUUCAUUAUACACAUUUUUAUAGGAUAUUGUCUGCUUGGAAUUCAAUGAUUUCUAUUUCAAUAUAUUUAAUCGACGAAAAAAAAAUAGUGAUUUAGGUAGGAAGCUUAGACAGUAUGGGGCGCACAGGAUGAUUAAGUUUAUAUUCACUCCGAAAGCAACGAUAAAUCAUUGGGAUCGAAAAACGAUUCUGAGCGGAGCUCCGUGAAACCGGUAAUAGUCGUGUGUUUUUCCAUUGUAACUAAAGUAAUCCAGAAAUCAAUAAAACAAACUUAAAAUCGACGCACAGUGGUCUGAAAUACAUAAUAUUUAGCUUACAUAAAAUUAAUACCAUUUAAAUUUGACGUCCAAAACUUAUGCAUUACAUUAAUAAUUCUAUUCUAUAAUUGGUUUUGGAUACGAGGAAUUCAAAUUGUUGAUCAGUUUUUUAUCAGUCGUGACGUACCUAACAUAAUUUGUAAUCAGUUUUUUUGUAAUUUUUUAUUUUUUAUUUUUAGAAAUAAUGUUCAAAUAAAGAACCGUCAUCGAAAACUCCGCAUCUUUACGGUACGAUGUGAAACAAUCGGGAGAGUUUUUAUUAACCGAAAAAUUGUUUUCCGAGAGAAAAUAAGAUCCGCCGGGUGAAUUGUUGAGAAUUUCAUUAAACGUUUCAAAUAAACUACCGCCGGACUCUAAAUCCGUAUCUUUCGAGGUAUAUCGUGAACAAAAAUUGAUCCGUUUUUACUACAGAGAAAAAACGGUUUCCGAGAAAAAACCACAUCUUAUUAACUAUUUUAGUGUACGCAUCCGGAAUCUAAAAUCCAAAAAUACGUUGUCUAAACGAUAAUAAAAAUUUGUCACGAAGUCAGGGAGUGGGGAUGGCGAACCUUAUCGUGUUAUUGCGGUUCGUCAGAGCAGAAGAAAAAAGAAAAAAACCUAUCGGCGGUUUUUAGACGUUUCGCGAUAGUGUUUUACGUUUCCGGCAACGUACCGGCGCGACGCCGCACCGGAAGUCUACAAUAUAUCCCCUGCAUACAUACCACGUAUAUUGUGUAUAUACGUGCCGUGUGCAUAUACCGGACGCGCAAUAAUAUUAUUUCGAAGCCCGGCGUGAGAUACACAGGCGUUUUAUAAUAAUAGUAUAUACAUAAUAUACCGGGUGAUCCGUUUAAGCGGGUACACUCAUUAUCUCAGAUUUUAUAUCUGAUAUUAUGUCGAAUAUCGACUGGCAUUUCGUCACUGGCAUUUAUUUAUACUAGACAUGUCAAACAUACGAUAUUAAUGGAAAAUUGUUAAUUAUUAAUUUCGUGUCGCAUUUUAGAGAAUGGUAUAUUUUUCGUAUACAUUACCGUAGUGUCUUAUCUUCUGAUAAAUUAUAACGGAAUGAUUGUAUUAUUGGUGAUUUAAUGUGUACAUACAUACUAUAUAGAUUAUAGAUUAAUAAUUUAUAUCUUCGACACGCGACACGUGUGCCUCUUCCAUUUUCAACAUCUAAUCUAGUCGUUCGAUAAUCACCGUGUGGUUUAUUUAAUGAUUAAUUAUUACAAAUACUUACAAAUAAUUAAAUUUCACCUGUUGUGUUCGUAAAAAAUAAAAUUAAAAAAGUCGUAUAAAAUGUUUUUUUUCGUUAAAUAUUUAUGUGCGGCCCGCAUAGUAAAUUGUAUAUUUAAUACAAGUUAGCAUUUUUAAAAUCAAAAAUAGACGGUCGUUUUACCGCCAAAAGGAAGGGUGACAAAAAUAAUGGCAACAUAACAUUUUAGAGCUGCUUAUGAUUGUUAAUAUGUCUACGAGUAUGUUUGAAAUAGUUCAAAUUGUCUGAAAUAAAUGGAUCAUUCGGUAUUUGAAAGUCAAACGUUUUCCCGUAUGUCGGAACGUUUCCGAAUUAUUUUUUUAUUUUUCGUAGAUAGGUAUAUAAACACAACCGAAAUCCGCGUUAUCAUCAAUCAUCAUAAUAUUAGUAUUGUACAUUUUCUAAAUUAGCAUAUUAUUGUACAUUGUGCUCGAUAUGUAUACGUUAGCGAACUCGAAAAGCCGCACGAAUUCAACCACGUUAGGAAUAAAAACACAUAAAACAAUAAGCGUGUCGAGAAUAUUAUUGCGCGAUUCCGGGUCGUAAAGAAAUAAUAAUAAUAAAAAAUGAAUUUGCGCGCUCCUAUAAUAUACAUUAUUACACAAUACAAUGGAAUGAUAAUAUAGCUAGAUGACCGUGAGGGUGACUUUUAAACAAUGUUCGUAAGUUAAUUAAAAAAGAAAAAGUUCGUAAUUUGGUAAUUUGGUUUAUACACUGUCUAAACACUGAUAAAACGAUUCUGAGCGAAAUUGUUUUAUUAUUCGAGUUUUUCCCCUAUUGCCGAAGGAAUAAUCUAUAUAUCAAUUAAAAACCAAACAUCACAAAAAAAGACCUAAGCAGGGAUUGUAAACUCCUGAAAAUGUCGAUGAAACACGUUUUAAAUAAAAUUCUACUGUUCAGUAACUCCGCAUCUUCUAACAUAGACAAAUCAUAGUAUUUACCAACCCAACUAAAAACUUCAUGUUAAAAAAAUAAAAUUGAACAAAUGAUAUCUGCGAGUUUUUAUUGUACAUUAUUUCCGGAGAUUUUCACAAUGAAACGUUAGAAAUUGUAAUCCGUUGAAUAGUGUACGGGGUGAUCAUUCUAUCGUAAGACUCAUUAUCCUGGAAAGUAUAAACUUUUUACAAAUUUUUUUUUUGAAAAUUUAAGGAACAUCCAGCUCUAAAAUGUUAAAUUAUCAUUAUUUAUGUUACCCUUAUUUUUAGAGGUGAAACUACGAUCUCUACUCCGUGCCACGAGAGAAUACGCAUACGGCGGCGGACCAAAACUCGUAUAUUUUCGCGUAUCCCUAUAACAGAAUUUGCUCAACCGAUUCCCACUACGAAACACAACGACGCGUUCGAUGACGGAUCGCAAUCAUUUGGAUGCGCGAGCCAUAUGCGUUCUCUUGUGAUACGGAGCAUACCUUUGAUUUUCAAAUUGCAACCUAUAUUAAAAAUACCAUAAAUAAACGGGGUAUUAGCUUAAAAGCAUUUUAGUAUUUAAAUUUUUGAAUUCCGUUAAUCCGUUGACGGAUAAUCCACUUUUUAGUUUAGGCAGGGGGAGAGUAGGUAGUGUAGCACUGGGUGCCGUGCCGCCACAUAAAUUAUGCUCCAAUACUCUUCCCCUACCCAAACUUUAAUGUGGAUUAUCUCGUCAACGGAUUGACGUAAAUGAAAAAUUUAAACACUUGAAUGUUUUUUAACUAAUAAUACUCCAUCUAUUUAUAGCAUUUUUUUUUAUAUUGAUAGCUAUUUUAAAAUCAAAAGUAGACAGUCGUUUCACACCCAAAAAUAAUGAUAAUGUAACAUUUUAGAGCUGGUUGUUUCUUAAAUUUUCUAAUUUAGCGUGGUCUCGUGAUGUUUUUUUUUUUUUGAUUUACUUAAAGUCGACUCGGUAAUAAUUAUAAUAUACGUUUAAUUGGGUUCUUACCAUCUUAUUAUAAACUAUAAUAGUUCACGAGACUACAAUUUUUUUUUUAUUAGAGCAUUAAUGAAAAACAAAAAUGGAUGUUCGGAAGUAUAGGUCUUUUGUGAAAAUGAAGAUUCGUAUAAUCUAACAAAAAAAAAAAAAAAAGAAGCGUGAUGAGACAUUUACAAAUCCUGAAAGUGGGCGUGGAUUUGAAAAAUCUGCACUGCAGUAUGUGCGGUUUUGAAUGCACCCGUGCUUGUGAAGCGUGUGUUGUGUAUAUAUAAUAUAAACGAAUGUGUGUAAUUUUUUUUGUUGUUUAUUUUUUUCUUUUUAAUAAACAUCGAGCGGAAGAGAUUUUCCCGUUUUUAUGUCUGCGUGCAAGAAAUAAAUGGUUUUCACAUUAAUAAUAAUUGUUUGCUGGUCGGUUGAGAGAACGCGCGCAUUUAACGCUCAUUUUCUCGCCUUUGCACCUCGGCGUGUUUAACACGCAGUUAAAAGGUCGUAUGGGUUAUUUUUUUUAUUAUACGAUAGAACCCCUUGUUUUUCUCGACGGAGUUGUAGUUGUUUUACCUACACACACCUGCAAUGGCAUAUUUUUGGCGUGUUUCCCACCCUUCCUAGAGGCUUUUUUUUUUUUAUAGGUCUGUACUGAGACUUAUAUCGUAUAAUUUUUAUUUUGUUGUUAUAUUGACAAUAUCAUUGUGUUUUAUCUACAAUAAUAUUCAUCACAGAUUAUUAUAUUCUGUGUAACGAUCGUGAUAUUCUGCAGUUUUUUUUUCAUUUGAAGUCAUAAUUCGAGUUUUUUUUUUGAAAGAGAGCUGAACUAUACUUUUAUCACACCGACGACGCCCGCGGUCUAACCACUUACACGCAUAACUUGCAUACUAUUUAUGGGCUCGGUAUGAUUUAGAUGGAUUUGGCCAUUUUAAUUGUGUUAAUACAACUACGUCCUUUCCAAAAAAAAAAAAAACAAUUCGUAAGUACGCCACACGACGGUAGGUAAAGUAAACCACCUGACGCAUAAACGCGCAGAACAUCAUCGUUUGGCAUCUCCAGAGACAAAACGGGAUUUACCGGACUUAAAAUCAUUUCAUGUUGCAAUGUUGCAGUGGUGAGGGAGGGGAACACAAAAACCGAAAGUUAAAUAUUUUUUCCGACGAUUAUUAUAAUAUUGUUAUACGCAUGCGUACGUGUGUAUGCGAUUUGUUUGCGCGCACAUGAACAAAACGAACGCGUUUCGUGAAAAUGAAAAAAAUAAAUUAUCUGUCUUAUAGUACGAACUUAUAAAAUCGAUAAUUAAGUGGUUUUGUCGAUUAACAUCGUCGACGUCGUCGAGUGUUCAAAAGAUAAUUUUUUUUGAGUAGAUUUGUCUUUGUUUUUUUUUUUUAAACAAUUCAAAAAUAAAUUAUAUUCUACCUAGUUCGGAGUGUACUCGAAUUUAAAUUAUUUUUAGAGAUUGCGUAACUGUGUAUACUUUUCUCUCAAGAGACCGCUGCAAUGGUAUUUGCCACUGCUUUGUCUCUUUCUAUCGGGUAAUACAGAAAAAGUAUGCUAAAACAAAAGGCAUAUUAAAUCGAUUUUAACGAUAAAAAAAACUAUUUCAUACUAUUUUCAGACGAAGACGAUGAUAACGACAUUUCGGGGACAAUGGUGAGCAAGAUUAAUAUAAUACAUUAUAUUUAUGUAUAGGCAAUUCCCGUGUUGAAAUUAGGUACCAUUUCGGAAAACGCUAUUGGUUGUUGGGAAAAUAACCAUACAUUACAAAUUUUUUUUUUUUUUAAUCAUUUCUUACUAAUAUUCUAAAGAAAUUUUAUCGUGUGUAGAUAGAUAUAAUAUAUUUGAUUCAAACAAUAUUGAAUAUGAUGAAACUAGGAAUAUAGACAAGUGUCCACAGAUACGUUACGGGGAAAAACAAUUGAAAAUAUAUGUUACAUCGUGGAGUAAUAAUCGCGAUAAUAUCCAGUGCUAUUGGUGAUCGUACGGUGUAAACUACAAAUCGCUCCUCCAGAGUUUCAUCGGCUCGAAGACGAUCUCGUUUUACAAUGCGUCAAAUAAUGUUAAACUCGUUAUUGAAUGUACGGAUGGAAAUCGUAUUUAAAUACUUCAAAUAAUUAACAUUUCUAAAAACGCCGAUGACAAUGUUUUUAAAAUGACGCUGUCUUCAAAUCGUAUAAUGGGUAUUUUAUAUCACAGUACGUCCGAUUUUAAUCACCUUUUUGUUUGUUUUGUACGUAAACACAUUUUUGUCUGUUAUAAAGACAGAGACGGCGAAAUUACAUUGCGACGGCCCAUAAAGACUAUUGGAAUUCGUAUUAUUUUUCGACAUCACCGCAGUACUCGUGUAACGCGUUUAUAAUCAAUCCAACCGCGGUGUAAUUUUUGAUUCAUUCAUUGAUUUGUGUUUACGUCAAUGAAAAUUACACAUUUAUCUCAUAAUCAACAUAUUUUCUAACGACUGUAUCAUUUUCGCCUAUUCAGACGGAUCAGUUUAUUCGAUAUAAAAUUUUGAAAUGUUUUCAUUUAAUCUAUAGUAUUACUACUGCUAUUGGUAUUUAAUCUGACGAUUAAAAAAUAAUUUUUGACAUAUUUUAGACGUUAUAAUGUUACCAAUACUCAUAUAUUUUAAUAUAAUUUCGUGUACAGGUGUUAAUACUUUAAAACAAAAAUCGUUAUUAUAGCCUGUAGAUAUACGUUACAAUUAAAUAUUUUCUUAAUAUGUUUUCAACCGUUGCGUUUUAUAUCGUCAUCCGCACGUGGAUAUCGUUAGUUUUUUAAUUGUAUGUGUAAAUAUGUGUGUAUAACAAAUGGAAAAAAAUUAUUUUAACAGACACGAACGUCUUUUCUUAAAAAUUCCACGCAAUAGAUAUCCGAAAUUAAAGCAAUUAAAUUUAUUUACUCUUCGGUGCAUAUUAUAUGAGCACAGUUUUAUUAAAAUAACAAUAUUAAAGGUUUCAUAAUCAUUUACAUCUACAUAAUUUUUUUAAAUAUAUACGAUUGAUUAUACCACAUUUUCGAGUUCUAAUUUCAAUAGUUCAUCAAUAAGCUCGGCUAUAAAUGUUAGAUCCUUUGUUUUUGUUUCACGUGACUAUAAUAUCUUCGUUAUUUAUGAACAUUUUUUAAGAUCCAUACGUUUUCCAGGAGAGCUCUUUGCCCAAUGAUUUUUCCCGGUAUUCGGGUAUUCUCUUAUAUCGUUUUUUCGGCUUUUUCUUUCUUUUUUCAAACCUUUACAAACACAACAAUAAUAGAUGUUUUUUGUCUAGACUCUAUACGAUCAAAUUUAAUUACGAUGCGCAAGUUUAAAACUCGAAAUAAAUUCCUGAUACAAAGAAUAUCAAAUACCUAAUCAUUUUUAAAUGUACCUACCUGGAAGUAUAUUUAAACUGCAUAUUAUGGAAUAUGCUAAUAUUAUUUAAAAUGUCAAGGUUAGUUUCAAGUACUAGAGUAUUACAUAUUUACAUCAAAUCAAAAAAUUAAUUUUAUGAAUAUUAUAAAUUAUACGUUUAUAUAAUUUGUAAUAAAAAUAAAAGUUCCAAUUUUAUAUAAAUACAUGAAUUGUUAUUUACCUAUUUUUGGAGUUCAUUUGCUUUUUAACCGUUGCGCAAUAAUUCAUAUUUUCUGUAGCGAGAAAAAAAUAACAUUCAUAAGUUAUUUUUUAUUUUUUUGUUCGUAUUUUCAUUUCUAACUUAUUAUGAACAAUACAUUUUUUUUUUUUUUUUGAGUCACCAUUGUAUUAUUACGUUGUAGUUAUGUGUUAUGUCGUAUAUCAUAUAGAUAUGAGAUUGAGUGUGAAUUAAGUGUGAAACUGUGCAAUUAAUAAUAUCUAUUAUUUAUUAUACAAAAUACGUAUAUAUCUUGGUAGAUUGAUGGUAUUAUUUUGUGAUGUUAAUUUUUCAAACUAAAUAUAGCUUUUUAAUAAAUAUAUUAUAUUACAUGGUUUAUCUUUAUUUUACACUCUGAGUGUAUCAAAGAGGUUAUUGGUUUUACUGAGGUGUGAUUUCCUCCCCCCUCGAAAAACAUAUUUCGGGAUAGUAUAAAUGAUCAGAUCUUUUAAUACUAUACCUUAAAAAAUAUAGAUUUUUCAUCGAAUGGUACUCUAAUCAAAAUACUUUUUAAAAUUGUAUUCCCUAGAUCCUUUUUUUUCUUUUGUUUAAGAACACUAUUUUACCAAUAGUAGAAAUACUCCAAAUUAUUUACAUUAUACCUAAGAAUAUGUGGAUUUUCUGCCCAGUAUUAGGUACUUUGGUUGAAAUCAAUUUUUAUAUUUCCAACAGUUGCUCUAUUUAAUUUUAGAAAAAUCUAGUCUAAAAACCACAUUCGUUUUGAGAUUUUACAUUCUACUGCACGAUUACAUAAACUACAGCAAAAUUGUGAGAUAUAUUUCGAUUAAUCUGAACAUUAAUUUGGUCGUUUUCCACGAAAAUAACAACGCCUUGUGAUUGUGAUGUGUAUCAAUAAUUUAUAUUUGCGCAUUCCUGUUUUGUUCUAAUUCCCGGCAGUCUCGUGAUUGCCGGGUGCUGAGUGAUUGGUAAUUUGUUUCUCCGUUUUCCCCUCUCAUAGAUCUCGUCCGUAUAAUACCUACGUAUUACACCUGCCUCGAAAGAAACACCAAUUUCCGGCGGGUUUCUCGAUUUCCGGGCAACCGUGUUUACGCGGCACAGUUAAUAUUAUAAUAAUAAUUAGAAACGCACAGUGUGCCACCGUCAUUGGCGCGUAUAAACAAUGACAUAUAUAAUUGUGCAUCGCGUGCUGCAGUAUGUGUACCGGCAUUUGCUACCGACAACGUUCAUUUCUUAAGUUAGAUUUCAACAGCUACUGCGGUCUUUGUUUCGAACACGCAUCGCAAUAGUAAUACGUACAACGAAUAACCGGGUCGAAUAUAACAAAUUAAAUUCGCAAGUCACACGCGCUAAUGGAUUAAUUUUUAACGGAACGAUAAUCUCGAUAAUAUAUUAUACGAUACAGAAAGCUUCUAACUGUUCGAACUAUUUCCAAACUAUGUUUUUUCUGCAGUGGGUUUAUAUACAUAUAUAUAUAUAUAUAUUGUUCAUGUUUUAAAAAAAAUCUCUUGGCUCAAUACUAAGAAGAUACUUAUUAAAACAUAUUCUGUUCAGAGCGUAGCAUCGUGUAUAAGAUUCUUAACGCGGACUAUAAAUUAUACCAAAAAAAAAAGUACUGAAAGCCGAUGAAAUGCAGGUGUUAAAGACGUACAGAAUAUAUAUGUGAAAUAGAUAGGAACACGAAACGGAGAUAUAAUCGGAAAUGCGUUUAAGAAAAAACGUAUUCUAUGUAUAAUAUGUAUAGUUGCUUAUGUAAAACUCUUAUGCGGGACACUUUUCGAAACUUUCAAAGAAAAGGUAUAAUAAAAAGCAAGAAAUAGACAAAAAUUAUAUUAUCUUUUUCUAUCUUUGGCACUAUCUAUGUCCAAAUAAAAAAAAGAUAUUAGAAACUUGAAAAUAAAAAACACUUAAACAACGUUUAAAAAAGCAAAAACAAUAUUUGGAUUUAAAAAUCUAUCAGAUGGUGUCUCUUCCUCUAACCUAAAUGAUUAAUGUUGGAUCAUGUUGAUCAACUAAACCUACCUAACUACCGCCACCACAGGGUGUUCUAUUCUUUUGACUAAUGUUCUCCUUCAAUUUUUAUGUUAUUUAUUUGAAAUAAUUACUCAUAAAUUAUAUAAGACAUGAUAAUGUACACUGUACAUAAUUUUUGAUAUUUUAACGAAAUUAGAGAUAUUAAAUUUUAAGGCGGUAAAUAAGUUUAAACACUUAUAGCCCCUUCUAAGAGCGUUAACAUAGCCCCCCUGGAUUUUAAACUCCUUUAUAAAUUAUUGAUUGUUUAAAAUGAUUUCUUGGCGUUUUUAAGCGCUUUUUUGUAGCUUUUAAGAGCAAAUAAAUCGGGCUCUUUUAAUAAUAAGAAUAAUAAAUUAUCAAACGUUAUUUUUAAUAUUCGUUUUAUUGGAUAUUUUUUUUUUUUUAUUAUGAAUAUUCCGAGAUGUAAUAAUAAGUCGCUUUUGUAUGAUAAUAUUAUAUAAUAUUAUGGUGUUCUUAGAUCUUUUCGGCGAAAUAAAUGCGAUUGUAAACGGUAUCCUUUUAAAUUGCUGUAUUUCUUUGCGACAUUUACAUAUGUACUCGUUCGGUUUUAAUUUUAGUUCUUCUUAUUUUUAUUUUUAAUAAAUAUUAAAAUCUUCCCUGUAGGUUUAUCGAAUCGGAGUAAUAUUUUAUUAACCUAAAAUAUUUUCUUUCAUAUUGCAGAGUAAACAUUAAUUUAAACACUAAAUACAAAUAUAAUAGGUAUAGUAAUGUAGCAUAAUAUUGGAACCUGACUAUAUGCAAAGUCAUCGCAUACUUUAUAUGUGUCGUCGUAUCCUGUAUGUAGGCAUUUCAUAAUCAGUGUUUCUCGGUAAAUCACGUUCUAUUAUUUAUAAGUGUGUUGAUACGGAAUAUAUUUUUUUUAUGAUAUUCAAAUUAGUUGGAGUUGACGUUUCGAACGAAUUCCUAAUAUUUUUAUCUAUAUAUUUUUACGUGCAUAAAUCAAAUGUUGUAUUAUUCUUCUUCUUGUUUACCUUAUCGAUCUGCUGAAGCCUAGACUACUGCUUCCAUCGCAUGGACUACUCUCGAAUUUACUCUCUGUUGUAUACACCAAAUCAAAAGUCGCGUUCUCUUCUAUAUGGUGCUUUAAAUUGUAUGAUAUGAGCAAUAAAAUUCAUUCAGCAAGUCCCGAGUGUUCCUAAUUGUCGUUUUAUAUUUAUUUUACUUUUUAACGUCUAUUUUAUUACUUACCAUGCAUUUUUGACUCUGAGUGGAAGGACGAAGCUUAUGAUUUUGCAAUAAUGUUUAUUAUUAUUAUUAUUUUUUUUUAUCUGUGACUAAUUUUUCUAUCAUAAAUAUUGCUCAGAUUAUUUUUAACUGUCGUUGGACAACAUAAGAUACAUCUUUAACUACACAUUAACUGAUAAACUAAUGACAACAAGAGUAUACUAGACGAUAUUAACAUUUCGUAACCGUACUAUAGGAAAAUUGUCAAAAUUUCUGGUAACCUUAUCAUAUACGCAAUUUAGGCUAUUGACGAUAAUUAAUAGCCCUGCCGGACCAUCGAAUAAAUUAUGUAUAUUUGUGCGUAUAUACCUAACACAUGUAUAAUGUAUUUCGGUCGAACUUACUUUUGCCGUAUAUAACGCACAAAUAUAAGACACAAAUGAACUUCCGAACCCCAGUAUAAAGUUGUGCCAAGUAUCGGUUUUAGCUUUUGCUCCACUCCCAUCCUGGGGUCUAAUUAACGUGGUAGACCGCAAUGUAUAAUCCGCCGGAUCCGGCCGGCAAACAUCGUCCUGUCAUAGUCAGCCGUUUCGCGACCGUUGGCGGUCGCCGAUCCGAAUACUAGAGGGUAUAAUAAUACGCUGCUAGACAUUGGUAUAAUAAUAAUAAUAAUAAUAUAAUUAUUAUUAUUAUUACUAUUACAAUAAUUUUAUAUAUAUUAUACAAGGUUUGGGUUCAUAAUAUAUGUAUACCUAGUAUAUAUUAUAGUUUUGAAGUUGUUGAUCAAUAGGUCGGUCGGGGCAGGAGGAUUGGGAGGAGAAGGAUGAUGAUAAUAAUGAGGACGUGUCGAGAACGUUCACUAAAAUGUGCAAGACUGGCGAGUUUUGCAUAUCAAGUUCCGUAUUCGCUAAGUAUCGUAUAUUAAAUACUACGAUGGCUAACUUGGAAAUUCGUUUCGAGGUGACAGGAUUCGAUACGUGAAGUCGAAAUUUUAAGAAUACAUUGCCUACAUAUAAUUCCAUUAUAUUAUUAUACUUCGAGGUUUCGGGGAUACUGGCAGACUUGUAUAUAAAAUAAGAUAGAUACUAUUGAAAGUAUUUCGAGUACCUACAGAUGUUAUUUUAAAAAGGCAUUUAUUAGAACAACACGACUUUAAAGUAUGUCUGUUUGUUUUUUGAAGUACCUAUAUAUUUAAAACACAAUAUCGAAUAGAUCACAUAGAAACAUCAUAUUUUUAAAAUACUUAUUUGAAAGUUCAAAUAUUUUUAUUUUAAUACUUUUAAUCGAAUACAUUAUAAGUCUAGUUUUUGGCAUAAUUUACACCAUAUCAGAAAUAAUAUAACAUUAAUACUAACUUACAUUAGCGCUUACAUUUUUAACAAAACGAAAUUAAAACCUAUAAUAUAUUUUUUAAAAUUGUAUGUAAAUAUCAAUGGGUUAUUUUCAAUGUGCAUUUUUACGAGGAUACUAUUUCGAAAAUCAAUAUUUAUUUGUAAAAUUUAAAAAUAUCUAGGAAUUGUAUGUAUAGGAUACAAUUAAAAGUUCUCACUGUAUAUUUCUGUAUAUUUGAACUUUUUUGAGCGAAACUGCAUACCUACACAUUUGACCGUGUGUAUGUGUGAGUGUGUGUGUAUGAGUUUACGAACUUAUGAGUCCCAUCCAUGUUCAUUUGAAUAAUACGAAAAAUUUAGUUUAGCUGAAGUUCGAGAAUUAGUAUUUUAAAAAAUAAAAACAACAAAAUUCUGAAUCGUGGAAUCGUGAAAUUUUGAAUUUUCGAUAAAUCCUCGAAAAGUUAUGACGUGAACGCUACAAACUAUAUAGUUUAAUAUGUUGUCUAUGAGAUAAUUCUGUCGACAUGGGGAGGGGAGCCGACUAAAAAAAAAAUUCAAACUUGUUCAUAUUUUUUUAACGCAUCCGAGUACGUUUUUACUUAAUGUCUAUGCACAUUUAUCAUUUCAUAUUAUUUAUAGAAUUGGUUUGAUUUUCCUUGAACGGCGAACUGGAAAAAUACAAACGCGUAUCGGCAGUGGAAUGUGCUUUCCUCUCCGUCCAGGACACAGUUUCCCCCUUGCAUGCCAUCCACCCGCGAUAAUUUCAGAAAAAAUAAAUGCAAAUAUUGCAUAAUAAAACGCGAGCGUCCUAUCUCACGUCGAAUUUAUCACUGUUCGGCGCAAACAUUUUUUUAUUAUAUUUUUAUGUUUUUUUUUCACGGACCUUCCAUUAAGUAUAGGUACAGUUAUUUAUGAUCAUUAUUGCACUGUCGUUGAUUUUGAAACGAGCCCCCGUAAUUUUUCAUAACAUGAUAUCGGUAUAGAUAUAAUGUGUAUAUAGGAUGGUCGUUAUUUCAAGUACGCCCCCUGCAUAUUAUAGUAUUAUAGGUAUAGCGUUCAGUUGUAUAUUACCGUGGUUUUCAACUGGUGUACCGUGGUCCACAACUGGUAUAUUAUACAUUAUAUUAUUAUUAUACAUUGAAUUUUAAGUUCGAUUAUAUAUGUUUUGAAAGUCCAUGAUAUUUACGAUUUUCGUCGAAAUUCGAUUUUAAAAUUCUUGUAAAAAAAUAAUAAAUACUGCACUCAAUUUUUUUUUUCUACCACAAAGUACGAUUUAUAACGAACCUCUUGUGAAAUUUUCAAACUUAUACCAUGUCUAAAAAAAAGGAAAUAUAUGUUUCAGCCUAUGAGCACCCUUGGAAAAUCAAAAAAAUGACCUACCCAAUUUACCAACAAGAAAGGAUUACCUUUCAGACAAGGUGCGAUAGUCGCUAUAGUUUGGAACAAUUUUUCUGGUAGACAUAAAAAAAAAAAAUACAAAAACACAUCAUAGUAAAACCAGUAUAUCCCUCGAUACGCUCCGAAUCUAUAAGGCAAUAACCUGUAAUACUACGCGAGUAAUAAAAUAUACUAUUACAAUCGCCUAGGAAAUCUUUCGAGUUUUCCCCGGAUCGCCGACCAUUAUAUUGUUUUACGUUAAACUUGCUCGUAAAUUUGGACGUUUGAAUGUUAUCGGUGUUCGAAUUUUCGAGUUGAGUGUCGGAGCCGUUAAGCAAUCGCAGGGGUCAACGGAAAGUAUCAGGUAGACCCGCCGUAGUAAUGGCCAAAACCCACUAUUAUAUACGGCCACACGAGUCAACAGGGAAACCCGCUUCGCGAGAGCCACGAGGACGUGGCGACAAGACGUGGCGGUUGGUUUAAGGAGGAACACCUCUCGCUGACAUCCGGAAGGCGCUCUGUACUUCCAUCCGCCGACCAACAAGUAAUGACGUCGCGGACUUCCGGUUCGAUACCGCUCGUACUCACACGCACCGAACACGCGUACGCCCGUACGGAUUUUCCGGUUUCGUCUCCGUCGGAAGAUUCGCCUCUCUCCCUCCCCCCCCCCCCCCCCCCCCCCCCNCCCCCCCCUCCGACCCUUCAUCCCGCGAUAGCGUUAUUAUUUCUGUCCGUUGUGCAUUGUACAACAAUAAUACUGUACGAGCGCUGUAGAUUGUGGACGUUCUAAUACACGCGCCGCGGAGACAAAAGCGACGCGACCGCCGUACACUGCCUAUAUUAUAAAUACCGAACGCGCAUAAUAUUAUCGUCGACCCGGUGAUGCGCCUUUUAACGCGCCGUUAUAUUAUAAUAUCAUCAUUAUACGAUAUCGUAUAUUAUUGUUAUUAUUGUUAUCAGUAUCGCGUACGCGCGUGCGUUACGACCGAAUCUCGAAACGCCCGGUCUUUCCGUUACUACGUCACGGGGGUCUCGCGCGCGUCGUACGACGGGCACGACAACGCGCGAAACAAUCGAAUGUAUUCAAAGGCGGCGGCGGCGGCGCAGGGUAUUGUGCUCCGGAGUCGUGCGUAAUAUACACACAGGUAUAAUACGGGCGGGAAAACGGAAAACGAACGACGACGUUCGGUCGUUGAUAUUAAUAUAAUAAUAAUAAUUAUAGUUUUGUCGUUCGGCGACACGAGAUUUCCGACUUUUACGCGAGAUAUACGAGCGUCUAUUAUUAUUAUUAUAAUCAGCGUGUUGUCGUGCGGGUACCUAUACUGCUGCGAUCGUCGACGUCGCUCCUGGGCAUCGUUGAAUUCGUUUCAUGCAUUGGUACUUACUAAUUUUAUUAUUAUUAUUAAUCGAAAAUUUUAAAAAAAAAAAGUUAACUUUUUUUGUGUAAAAUGAAUAUCAAAAAUUUGUUAAGAGAUUUAUAAGAGAUUAGAGAUAAUGUAGCUAUCAUCGGGAUAUUAGCGGUUGUUACAUUUUUUUGCUUUGCACUAAACAUAACUCUUCGGCUGUGAUAUGCUUAUACUUUAUGAAGUAUACUUAAUGUUAUACAUCAGGUUAAAAACAUGGCUGAGAAGUCAAAUAUCCCUGCAAAACUUACAGGUUUGACUUUAAUGAAUAUUCAUAGAAAUAUACCAAUUAAUUUUAUAAAAGAAAUAGAGUGAUUCUCAAACACCAACAGAAAGUUGGAUUUUGUUAUUUAAAUAUUUAAUAUUGUAAUUUGUAUAUAUAUUUUUUUUUAUAUAUAUAUAUUUGUUAGAUAUGUAGUAUGUCAAAAGUUAAAUAAAGUUAUUUUAUUUGUUAGUUAUGUUAUUGAUGUUGUCUGCGGUAAUUAUCAAUGAUAAUUUAUUAUAAUUUUAGAAAUGCACGUGCAGUUAACAAAAUAGGUAUAGAAAUCAAUUAUUCAUGUUGUAAGCAAGCGGAACGAUCGAACAAUUUUGAACCGCCGAUCUUGUAACUCACUAGUAUGAUUAAAGUUCGAAUUUCAACACCUCCCCCCCACCCCAGGGAAGAGGUGGAUAUGAGCCGAAUACGCCCCUGCGCCGAAUACAACAUAUUGUAGAAAUAAUAAUAAUAAUAAUAACAAAUUCGCCGAAAUCGCGUUUGGCCGACCGAUUUUCCGAAAGAUUCUGCGAAUCGCUUCCGCGCUAUUUCGCCGCCGCACCGCGCGUUCGGCGGUCCGGAAACGGAUUAGGACGGCACCUACGCGGUACGCGUACCUGCCUACCUUUAUUAUUAUACUGCACCUACGCGUACGAGCGAGACGGGAAAAUCGCAAUGUUCUCGCGCGCGAGUUCCCGGUCCGCGAAACCCCCGGACGCGUUCCGAUAAAGGCGCGUGCCGGGGUAUGCGGCAGACGUGUCUCUGAAUAGAAAUAUACGCCCGAACCGUAUGGAAAAUCGACCGAAAUUUCCGCGCGAAUUAUUCUAAUUUCGCGCCACGAAGGGCGAAACGUCUUCGUAUUUCGCGCGGUUUCACUAUGACGAGCGUCUGUUUACUCCCCCCCUCCCCCAUCCCCCCGGUCAUUGAACCGUUUUUUCGGCCGCGCGGCCGUUGGAAAACGUCCUCCGGCGGUCGCAUUAUCGGCGCGACGGGCGAAAGUCACUUUUGUGUGUUCGGUUUGGUUUUUUUUUUUUUUAUUAUUAUUAUUUCGUUUGACGUUUUUUUUUUUUGGUUUUAUAUUACUCUAAUCGAUUUUUAUUCGUUAGGAAAAAAAAACCUAUCAAAGUUUAAUAUUAUUGUACGCAUCGUGAGAGUUUUUCUUCCGUGUACGAAAUAUACGACGGGUCCGUCGAUUUAACACUAAAGCGCGUUUAUUUUGGAAAUUCGAACGGAUUUUUAAGGUGUCUUUUCUUUCUAUUUUUCGUUUAACGCUGCAAUUAAUUCGGUACGACAAUAUGUCCAUCGGUUUUCAAUAUAGUAUUCGUCGACCGCCGUAAUAAUAUCUGGAACUCGGCUCCGCGAUAUUUUAUAGACACGCGUAUCGAAUGCAAUAUAAUAAAACAUGUUUUGACACCGCCGAACGGAGCGCAGUCAUUCGCUAAAACAAAUAUCACCUGUACUACGAAACAUUACAUAAUGUAUUCCGUUCGCGUAAGUACGUCGGUCCUUUUUUAUGAUUUUUUUUCACGAGCCAUUAACUAUAAUAAAUGUGUACCAACGCAAUAAUAUGUACACGAGGCUAUUGGCGGUCAUCCGUUACGUCGCUUUUGCGAGGGCCGACACGUCGCGCUGUGUCCACCGAUCGCGAGGUACGGCCGACACAAGACUCGUCGCAAGGUCGCGAUUCUCAGAAGACCGUAUUGUACGUAGCCGCGAGGAAGACGUAAGGACGAUAAAAAAAAAAAUAAUAAUAAUAAUAAAAUAAAUUAAAAGAAGAAAAAAAUAACCGAGAGAAUUGAUGACUGGUCGCAAUUCCUAAUAAUUAUUAAAUCGCGCACGGGCGGGGAGCGAAAUUACCGGAGACGAGCAAAUGUUUCGAAAAUAAUAUUAUGUGCAAUUGUGCAUUGUCACCGUGACAAUCUCUGCGCUGCGGAUCUGCGCGAUAAACCGAAUUAUCGCCAAGAGGACGUUACACGUGAUUUUGUUGUCUCGGUCUUACGAACGCACGGCAUAGCGAAUUUGCAUUCAACAGAAACAAUCGUAUGCUUUUAACAUCAAAGCGAAUUGACCUAUCAAACUCAAAGGUAUAACAAUAUUAUUAUUGUGAUUUUGCUCACAGAGUUUUCUGUUGUGUUUUAAUAUUCAAACGAGUUGCAAACAUUUAUGAAUUGUCAUGUCACACACACUGAGGUAUCUCGCUUAAAAAUUAAAAUCACGGAAACACCGAUAUAUAAACACAAAUUGCAGAUAAUGUUUUUCCCUUUUUCAAUUAAACCAUUCGCUCUAAUACUCGUAUUAAAAAUAACGGCCCAAAAUUGGUUCUACUGAACGUAAGUUUGCGUUCAGCAGGAGCGUGAAGUUUAAGUGAACUGACCUAUUAUCGGACUCAGAGAUAAAAACAUCUGUACUACUUAGGUUAGGUAUUUUUUCGAUAUUUUAAUGUUCGAAUGAGAUACGAUUUGUAACACAAUAUAAAAACGCUUAACAUAUCCCAAUGACAAAUUGAAAACCCUUCCUUACACCUCCGAUUUCAAUUUUAACCCGUUAUAAAUUAGCAACGGUAAUUCCGGUAUAAGUUUUAUGCAUAUCAAUAACGUAUUUUUUUUUUGAAAAUCAACAGUCUAUAUACGUCUGUGUUAUGAGGAAUAGUGGAUAAAAUGUUUUAAUGAUUCCAUAUAAUGAUAGAAAAAAAUGAACAUAGAAUUCACUUAGAAUUCUCCGAGAGAAUUGCCAGUUCAUGAUAAACGGAUCGCCCUGUAUAGAAAAAAAGCAGCGCACUGUAAUUAAAUAUUUUAUGAAAACAAAAGUAUUUCGAAACAGAGUUUUUCCUUUACUCGAUGACGUUAGAAACACAAUGUUGAUAAUAUUAUUAUAUUUCGUCUGUUUUUAUUUUCGUAUAUUUUGUAAACAGCUGUUUUUCAAACAUCUAGUUUUAAUUUCCGACCGUUUAAUAAGCGCAAGUUACAUUUCUGUUAAACUUUAUCCAAUAUAUUAUUUUAUGUAUUAUAUAUAUAUAUAUAUAUAUUGUUUUGGAAUUUGUUUAAAAAGUUUUUCUGAAAUCGAAUAACGACCACUGUGGUGUUCUCGAGCUUUUAAGUUACGCGGCUUUUGUUUUAUACAUUAUUUAUAUUUUAGAAUUUGUUCUGCCAACGCCGAAACGGAGUAUUAUUUUAACACGGGAAUAUAUAUCCCCUACAGCCGAUAGUAAUACUUAAACUGAGCUAAGACAUUUUACCCGCGUUUUUUUUUUAUAUAAUUAUUUUGAUAGCUAUGAUUGUUGAACGUUAAUAAUAUUAUAAUCCAUGUAUUCGCCUACAUUCGACUUUACGAUCGAGUUAGAAAUCCGAUAUUCCUCGAAAAUAUUAAACGUCUGAUUGCUAAUCCGAUUGCCAGUCGGUUCAGCCGGCGGACAACCGACCAACUAAUCAAUCGACGCGAUUACGGGGGCGUGAGGCGACGGAAUUGAUUAGGUUUAUCAGCAAUUCGUGGUUCCGCCGGAUUCGACGCCCACUGCAUCAAUAUAAUACAAAAAAUACUAGAUUGCUGAUACGAACUGAAAUCAUAUAGACUGGCACCGGGACCAAUAUCUGUGGUCGAGUUUUGAUACGGAGUUUUCAUAGUGGAACAAACACAGUGCCUGAAGUGAAAUCGUUUAGUAAACCAUAACUGUCAACCAACGUAAAAUUUAGUUGUGAGUGACGUUUGAGUGUCGGCGGACCUCGAUCGCGUGCCGAUUAAAAUUGUUUACGGUUUGUUUAUUUUAGAAACACGCCGUUCAAAUCGAUAAAAAUUGUAUAAUAUGAGAAUACAAGUAAAUAUUAUUUCCCUAGUGUAACCCCACUCCUCGAAUCAAAAUUCGACUGCACCGUUACCACUCACCAGUGGUAGAUCCAGGUUGAACAAUAGGUAAACUUGCCUUCUCUUCUAAACACCGUAGUAUAGUAUUCUUCUUUUGUAUUGUGGUAAAAUAUACACCAAUUUUCAUUGUUUUAAAUUAUUUUGCUCAUUCAACCUUCUAAAAAAAAAAAAAUGAUAUUUCAAAUCUGCCGGGUGUCGUCAAUCUGCACUAAAAUUGACCCUAAAUAUAUACAAAAUUGAUAAUUUGUACCAACAUUUUUUAACUGCACUUGUAAUUUGCACCAAAAUUCAAAUCGAUUAUUGUUUCGAUAGUAUUGUAUCUACGCAGUCUCGAUUUUGAGUGGUUAAUUCACUUGCCUAUUUACAUAUCUUUAUUUUGGUGCAAAUUACAAACUCCCAAUUCGCCGCUACUGCCUGCCACUGUUAUUUUCAACCACGCUAUCUUUUUUUCGGCAUUAUUGACUAAUGACGAAAAUCGGAGACAACCAUUUUUAUGAAAACUAUCGUGAUAAGAAUGAUAAGAAGUGAGGAACACACGCAAACUGAUAAGUUUAUUGAUUCGGACGCGCGCCCGGUUUUUAUACACACGAGUCUCUCUAAACAUUUUUCUUCAUCCCGACGGACCACCAAACGAUUCGCGAACAAAUCGGCUUCCCUCUCAAACGUGCGGUUCUCUCCUCCGCUGCUAGGACAAGGGACGAGAUGGGUGUAGACAUUUUUAAAAUCCUUCCUGACACAGUUAUCGUUAAUGCCCCUUAAGCACGUGAAAUUCGUAUGUAUACACAAUAACGUCAUCCUAUAAGUAUAUAAAUCACUUACGGGUGACGAAACACGCACAUAACUCGGAGGCGUCGGUGGUUUUUUAUUUAUUUAUUUUUUUUUUUUUUAUUAUUAUUGUUCGCCCUCUAUCGUUCCACAAUUGUUUCGUGUGUUCAUAUUAUAUUAUUGUUAUUAUUAUAGUGUGUAUCGUAAUAUCACGCACCGGCGAAAAUUUUGUGUAUAUAAUAUUAUAUUGCAUAAUAUAUAUAUAAUGUAUACAUAUUCGACAAAGAUUAUUCGAUAAAUGCAAUAACUUUUCUUGUUCGAUAUUUUUUUGUUUGUGUAGUAAUUAUUACUAAACCUAUUAUUCCUGUAUUUCCACAUAUUUCAAAACUGAAACUAAAAAUUUAAAUUUCUUAAAAUAAAAUUGUUUUUAGAAAAUUCGAAAUUAAUGCACGUAUUUUGAAAAUAUAUUUCAAGGCAAAAUGUUGGUAUUACAAACAUUUGCUCAUGACAAAUCGUUAAGUUUAUUACGAGUUUUUGAAGUUUACAAAAAUAUUUAACAAAAUUAUCGUUCACCAGGAAAUCGGCGAAUCGGUUGUUAUUAUUUUUCGAAGUUUAAAAUAAUUUAAAUUAUUCUUAUCGCGUCAUUGCGAAAAAUAAAAAUUUAAAAUCUUCGAAUGGAACAACAAUUUAUUGCGUUCGUCGAUUCUUUGUGGGACAUGUUAUUAUUGAUAAUCUCAGUCGGUUCGCGAUCAAAGAACCGUAUAUUACACUCGAGAUACGUUAUCCGAAGGGGAGGUGGGGGACACAAGUGUUCAAAAUAUUCUCUGGGCAAACGCUCGGCCUAUAUACAUCUCACCUAUCGAAUACACCACCACUGCUCGAGGCCAAUACGCGUCGUCGGCAGAAUACCGAAACGAAUGUCGAUGAUCAGUAUCGGGGAAAAUUAUUAUCGUUAUAUUAUUAUUUACAGUGUAAAUCAUCGAAUACAUCGUACAGAUAUAUAAAAAAAAAAAAGUAAAAGGACAUCGUCCGGCCGGCGGCGACAAACGGUGCUUCGUCAUCGAAAUGUAACCCGGAGAGAACGUUUUCGGGGGGGGGGGGAGAGGAAAAAAAAGGGGGACCUCGUAGGGACCUCGGAAUUCUAUCACGUUUCGGACCUCAUUAGCGAUAGUCCCUACUUCCCUUGCCCUUGGACACGUGCGAGUAUAAUCCAAUAUAUUUAUAUGUUUUUCCCGCACCAUCUACGUCGUCCGACCGUUGAAUUAACUCUAAAUGAAAUCACCACGAUCUUUAUAUCCUCUGCACCUUGCUAAACGACAUCUGUACACAAACGAUUCUAAAUUAGUUUCGAGUACCUAUGUAUGAAGGGGAGGAGGGGGAAAUGGAAAAGUUUAAAUAUGAUUCUAACGUCCAAUGACGACGAGCCGGCUACCACAGAAUUUUAACGUUUUGCGAUUAUCGUGAGAAUAGUAAAAAAAACCUAGUUUUUAUGGAAUAUAACAAAAUUUAGCAUUUGAGACUUAUAGUUUACACACCAGCUACAGUCGUAUAUCUGGGAUUUUUCAAUGAGAAGCGAUAAACGAGAAAACAAAAAACAUUGACAACAAAAAAAAUGUUUUGCAAAAUACAUAAUUAUGACGUAGUACAAUUAUAUUUGUGUGCAAUUGAAUAAUAAGUAGCGCAAAUGUGCAGUGAUUGUUAUUUUAUUAGAAAUAUAUACAUUUUUCCGACUGAAUAUUUAUUAAAUUUCGUAUUUAACACGGUGAAUGAGAAGGACUUUGGAUGGGACACUGUAUACUUAUCUAGGUAAAUAUUUACCAACAGUUCAAUCCUUUGGCUUAUUUAGAAUUUUGCCAAAGAGGGAGAUAUUGAACUCAGAAAUUGUGUCGCUGUGUAAUUAAUUAUAAAACAAUUAAUUAAAGUGGUUAUAACGAAUAACAUUUUCGAUUUUUUUCAGGCGAGUCAUGCGGAAAAAAGAAUCGGCUUCUUCCGCCGCACCGCGUACGUCCCGGCCGUCGUUUGGACGCCACUGAUAAGACCCACGACGCCAACACCGCCGUCACCGAAACGACGACCGCCGACACCGUCUCCGGCACCGCCUUCGCCAAAGUCUCUUAUUUUCCCUCCUCUGUCAUCUCCGCCGCUUGA